AGUCGGAGCGGAGCCGGGCGAGAGGGAUCUCCUUGCCGCUCCCGCAGCCGCCGCCGCCGCCGGAGGAGGAGAAAGGCGGGGAGGCGCGGCGAGGCCUGCGCGCCGGAAGUGAGCUGACUGAGGGGAGAAGAAGGAGAAGGAGAAGCGGGGCGGAGGAGGAGGGAGCCCGGCCGGCUAAAGCGGAGCUGCUCGCGGUGUGGCUGCUGCGGCUUGUGUGUGAGGGAGAGGAAGACUGUGAGGCGUCGGAGGAAGGAAGGAAUCUCGUCAGCCUUGGCUUGAGGGGUUUCCGCGGGCGGGCGGGCGGGCGGAGGAGGCAGCCAAGCCCAGCCAGGGCGCUGAGGGAAAAGGAGGAGGAGGAGCAGCCGCCACCACCGCCGGGUCUCCAGCAGAAGCAACCGCCGUCGCCGCCGCCACGGUGAGAGCCCCGAGCCGCCACACCUUCCCCCCGAAACCUCCUCCCCACACCCGGCGUUGUGGGUGUGAGGGAAAGUGGGGGGGGGGGCUUCUCUUCUUCCGCCGCCUCCUCCCCCGGGAGCAGAGGCGGCGGAGCCUUACCCCGGGGUGGGAUGUGAGUAAGGGGGUGCGGUGGGGUGGGGCCGGAGAGAGACCCCCCCCCCGCCAGUACUUCGGCCUUUGCCGCCCGCUUUCCCUCCCCCCGCCGCCCCUUUUCGCCAGGCGCUUUUCCUCCCCUCGCUGGGGAGGGUCUCCCGUUUUUUUAUUGUCCCUGCUUGCGGGUCGCAGCGUGGGGAGGGGGCGGUCAGAGGUAUGAAUGUCUUCUUCCUCCACCCCCCCCCCCCCAAAAAAGCUAAGUAAGUGUUGGGAGAGGGAUUCAUGUUUCGAAAUGUACCCCACCCUGCCUCACCCCACCCAACCCCCCGGAUGAGCUUAUAUCUGUAUCCACAUCUGUAUCUGCAUCUAUAUCCAUAUCUAUAUCUAUAUCCACAUCUAUAUAUCUAUAUCUGCAUCUAUAUCCAUAUCUACAUCUAUAUCCACAUCUAUAUAUCAAAUCAAAUCAAAUAUCUUUAAUACGGUCAAUGACCAGCAAGACAUCUAUAUAUCUGUAUCCACAUCUAUAUUUCUAUAUAUCUAUAUCCACAUCUAUAUAGCUAUAUAUCCAUAUCUAUAUCUAUAUCCAAUAUACCCACAUCUAUAUAGCUAUAUAUCCAUAUCUAUAUCCACUAUAUCCACAUCUGUAUAGCUAUAUAUCCAUAUCUAUAUAUCUAUAUCUAUAUCCACAUCUAUAUAGCUGUCUAUCCAUAUCUAUGUGUGUGUGUGUGUUUUCAUUGGGAGAAUGGGUGCAGCAGGGUCUUUUCUGAAUUAUUGGGGGGGGUGCACGACUUGGGUGUAUUUAUGUACAGCGCAUUUCUGCAUGCAGGAAAGGUCUCCACGAAGCAAGCAACCCAGCGAGCCAGUCCCCUUUUCCUCCAGCCUGCAUGCGAGAGGGGAGGGAUGGGCUUGCAGCAGAAAACAGCAUUACAGUACAUCCCUUCUCUGUCUGUUGCUAUACUCAACUGCUUGUGGAUCCAGCCUCCACCCUUACACCCCUCCUUCCUUCUGGAAUCUGUUAAGCGCAGGCUGCGCGCUGGAGAGAGAGGGGUUGGUCUAGUACUCUGGUUAGCUCCCCUCUCCCCCGCCCCCCCAAAAUCUGAAAUCUCUCCCAGCGGCAUUCCCAACGAUUGCUGUCAAAUAGGCAGAGAUUUGAACGUAAAAAUAGGAAAGCAAUAGCACUUAGCCGAGCUUUCAGAACGGACUUAGAGGCUGUCAGAGGAAGGGUUUGCUCAGGACUGAGGCAUUCAGGCAGUGCCAGCGGGGGGGGGGGGGGCGGACUCCGCCCUGUGGAGCUGGCAGACCAACAUAGCGCCUCUCUUGCAAGGAUAUGCAAAUCCAUGUGGAAUAAUUCUCGCGAAAGCCUCGCAAAUUAAGAACAUGAGGGCAAAGGGGUUGCAAGCAUGGAUUGGCGUGAAAUAAAUGUUUCCUUUCAGAAUGUGUUCGCAUAGCUGUACAGAGAAUAGUGGGGUUGGCAUGGUGUUGAAGAAUCAGUCCUUCUGGCACAGCUGGUGGCUACCAUUAGGAUGAGGAGAGGUUUCUAGUGCAUGGUGAAGAUUAUUGGUGAAAUAGGAAGGAUGAAGUAGGAGAAAUGCUUUUUGUUGUAGAUAACUGUUUGAUAAUGUUUGUUCCCAUUUUUGCAAUAAUGUAUACAGUGGUACCUUGCAAGACGAAUGCCUCGCAAGACGAAAAACUCGCAAGACGAAAGAGUUUUUGGUUUUUUGAGUUGCUUCGCGAGACGAAUUUCCCUAUGGGCUUGCUUCGCAAGAUGGAAACGUCUUGCAAGUUUGUUUCCUUUUUCUUAAAACCGUUACAGUAAUACAGGGUGCAUUGCUUGAAGAGGUGCAGUUGCGACUUGACUUCGAGGAGCAACUCAUAGCACGCGGUGUGGUAGCCUUUUUUGAGGUUUUUGAAGAUUUUUUUGAAAAAAUGGAAACCGUGCUUCGCAAGACGAAAAAACUUGCAGAACGAAUUAAUUUCGUCUUGCGAGGCACCACUGUACUGGCCUCUUGUGCAAAAAGGAGCAAAACUUAAGAUAAUGCAGAAAUGGCAAUGAAAGUGCCUGCUUGAACUAGCACUGUUACAGAUCUGCAUAAUACCAGCAGUUGUAAGAAAUCUAUCUUUUAUUUUCAUUAUUUCAUAAAAAUUCUAUACUGCUUGAUUGUAAAAACAAACAAACCCCCAGACCCCACACAUUUGUUAACAAAGGCAAGUUUGGUGUGAUGCAUCUGAUGUAUCUGAAAGUUCUCUCAGUAGAUUUCUAGAUUUCCCAUCAACCAAAGUCUUCUGGGUGGUUUAUAAAAAAUGUAGUUUAGAGCCUAGAAGUCGUGUGAAUUUUGGGAAGGACAGUGUGGCACUGAAAGGUUGAAAGGGAUAAUCUGUAAAGGAGACAGAAGAAUCGUAGUGGGGAAUAUCUACAUGUUCCAAGAAAACAUAUACAACAAGAAAAAAAAUAAGGCUGCAGAGAUGUGAAAGAAAUAAUGGAUGCAUAGCGGCUAUCAAUGACACAAGAAGAGGUUGUCUUUGGACUUUUGAAGUGUUCCAGAAGCAGAUAUUUUACAAGGGUCCUGCCUUUUACAAGAGGUGGAAGCUACUGUUCUAAUGAUAACACUAAAGUAGUGCAAGAUGAAUACAUUUUAUAUCUGAAAGGCUAUUAGCUGGCUUAUCACAGUUUUCUCUGGUUUAAUUCAAAUUAAUUUUUAUGGUUACUCUUUUGGGGAAAAAACUUGCCUUUCUCCCUCUAAGAUUCAGUUUCCUGAAACCAAAUAUGUGUGUAGAAAUGCAGGUACAUAUCAUAUUUGAACAGUUUUGCCACUUUUGUGUAGCCUGUUAAAUUAUAGCCCUCUGCUUACUGAAGCAACCCUUGUAAGUGAAGGGGCGGAGAAGUGUAAGCAUCUGGAAAAAUGCUGAAUCAGAUUCCAGCGUCUCAGUGUCUUUCUCCAGUGACUAAAUUUGACAGUGCGGGCUGUUAAUGUGCCAGUUUCUCUUACGGUUAUGUGUACAGAAUAUAGAUCUAGUUGUUUUGCCAUGCCUCACUUGGUAUGUAGCCCUUCUCUGUAUGUUGCACUGCAUUCCGGAAUACAAUGGUAUUCCAGGAACAAGCAAUUUUAAGGAGACAGUUUAGGGAAAGUGCACAUGAGUAGGAAAUACUGCUGAGGGAGACCACAACUGGGAUUGUAAUCUUAUUCAUACUUGGAGUAAACGGCAAUUCCUAUUGAACACAUUGAGGAUCAGUCUGCAAAUACAGUACUCUCUUCUGGAAUCUAAAAUAUUCAUAUGAGGUUGCAUCUGUUUGUUGAUUUCACUUUGUUAAUUUAUCAAACACUAAUGCAUUUAAACGUUAUGGCAAUUCUAUUGUAUGUGGGUUUUUAAAAAUCCUUUCUCUGUUGUUAUACAUUUACAGUGGUACCUCAAGUUACAAACACCUUGGGUUACAAACAUGUCGGGUUACUAACACUGCUAACCCAGAAGUAGUACCUCGGGUUAAGAACUUUACCUCAGGAUAAGAACAGAAAUCGCACGCCGGCAGUGCAGCAGCAGCGGGAAGCCCCAUUAGCUAAAGUGGUAUCUCAGGUUAAGAACGGUUUCAGGUUAAGAACGGACCUCCGGAACGAAUUAAGUUCGUAACCAGAGGUACCACUGUUAUUAGAAUGUUUUAGGCACAAGAUGCAUGCUUAAGGGCAGUAUUAUCAGGUUGUUGCUGGGGGGCUCAGGACAUCAUCACAGGUGAAACUAUGCUCAGGGAAACUUGGAACAAUUCCAUAGCAAAUAGCUAUGCAGAGUCCCACCAAGUGGUGGUGAAGGGGUUGGCUUUUGCAGUGCCCUUGGCAGAGAAAUAGCAUGCACAAUUACUGGGAUCAGCUCUAGCAGUGAGUCCCAGGGGUGGCCACACUUAGGAAAGAAGAAGGAGAAGAAGAAAUUUUAUUUAUACCCUGCCCUCCCCAGCCAAGACCGGGCUCAGGGCAGCUGAUACCAGAUAAAAACAAUUGAUUGAAAUACAACUUAAAAACAAGAUUAAAAUACAACAUUAAAACAUUAAAAUGCAGCCUCAUUUCAAUAGGAACUCAAAUCAAAAACUUUUUUAGGGAUGAAAACAUCAAGUCUUCACCAAGGCCAACUAUUCAGACUGGUCCUACAUGGGCCAAAAAAAAGCCAGGGAAGUCCCCAAAUAGGAGUUCCAUCACAGAAAGAAAAAGGAAAGAGGGGGAGGAGAUCAAGUCGAUUCCAAGCCAAAGGCCAGGCAGAACAACUCUGUCUUACAGGCCCUGUGGAAAGAAAUCAGAUCCCUGGUCUCAUGAGGCAGAGCGUUCCACCAGGCCAGAUCCAGUGUUGAAAAGGCCCUGGCUCUAGCUGAGGCUAAUCUGACUUCCUUAUGGCCCGGGACCUCUAGGGUGUUACUAUUUAUGGACCUUAAGGUCCUCUGUGGGGCAUACAGGCGGUCCCAUAGGUAUACUACUGUUGCGGAGGAGGCAUUGAGUUGGUAUGUUAGGCUUGGAGACAAAAACCGGACCGCUCUUGCAGCUGUUCCUUGGCUGGGAACUCUUCCCUCCACCACUCUCCAAGGCAUUGCCUUCUGGCACCACUUCUCCCUAGUUGUCUUGCUCUCCACUUUGAAAAAGGAAGUGUGUUUUAUUUCAGCCACAGCUGGAACCCAGACUCCUCAUUGACCUGCACCAUCAGCUCUUGUCCUGGUGGCUGCUGUUUCCCCUGCAGGUGGGGUUGCCGUACACUGCCACCUCUUUGAGAAAUUUUGGACCUUUUCCCUAUUUUGAACUGGGACCCAAUGAGAAGUCCCCUCCCGCCACCAAGAGGAAGUUAAGCUUCGGAGCAGGGAUGCAGGGAGGUGAGGGAACCAGCUAGCAACAGGUACGUACAAACAAGGUUGAGGCAAUUCUUCCUCAAAGAACAAGACUAGUAACUGGAAUCUGUAUAAGACAAAUAUGACAAGCAUAUAUCCUUUCUCUCUUUCCUCCCCUCCAGCACCAAAUCUUCCCUGGAACAUUUGUACAACAGGCGGACACCAGACCUGAUAAAGUUUGAUAAAUCCCUAAUUUGAGAACUGGAAAUAGUUUAUUUUCCAUUGUCUCCUCCAUUGCCCCCCCCCCCCAAUAUGGGCAGCAACCAUUCUGUGCGCGUUCAAUUGACGUGCAUCCGCUGACACAUGAGUCCUUUUCGACCUCAAAGAGGCUGGAAUGGGGGUUGGGCUUAUGCACAAAUGGGGGGGUGCCUGUGUAUAAAACACUCUUAAAUGAUAUUAUUUGUUCUUACUUUAUUGCUUUUUAAUAUUCUAGAGGCAUACCACCAUUUGGUUUUAGGGACUUAAUGCCCAUUGAUGUGUCAGGUUCAGGGUCAGACACAUCCCACUCAUACCAUUUAUUUUACCAUUUUUAAUGCUAAAUGAAAACCUUUUGGAUUAUUUUCACUACUCAUUUUUAUCAGCAGCUGUGUAUAAACUCAGUCCUAGUUUUUGUUUUGUUUUGUUUUGUUUUUUUGUUAACCUGUCCUGGCUUUAGACCAUAGUUAGUUUUGCUAUUUCCUCUGGAUAUCUGGAGUUUGAUAAAUCCCUGAUUUGAGAACUGGAAAGAUUUUAUCUUCCAUUGUCUCCAUCAUUAAUUAUGAUAAUAUCUUCAGGAAGGUUAUUUCCUAUUGAGAAAGAGGAACGUGAUUGGAUCAUGCUUUAGGAACAAUAUUUUGGAUGCUUGUUGAUUUCUGCACGUGGCACAUUUUCAAAACACUCCUCUGCAUGCUUUUUUUGGUAUGUAGAUAAAUUGGUUGGUUUACGUUUGUAGAGGCCCAGAAAAUGUUGCCAUGGCUUGUUCUUAUGACACUCCUAUCUUGCAGACCUUGGUUAAUAGACCAGUACAGUUACAAACCAGCAAUAGGAGCCAGGUAAAAAAAGCCAUAAAUGCAAGAACCAGACACUGCAAAAAACCACAUGCCAGCUUUGUCCCCAUAUCUACCCAGGCAGCACUGUUACAGAGUCUAAUAAUGUCAGCCACAUUAUCAUGGGUUCAUUUACCUGCUCCUCUCCCUAUGUGAUAUGUUGCUUGUUUUUUUAUACUGUUUUGUACAUCACUUAAUUUAAGGUAAGGAUUUUAUAAAUUUUAAUUUUUGAUAUUAAAUGCCAUCAUCUGCCAGCAAUGCCCUUCUGCGUCCUACAAUUGAUCAAUCUCUGUAUUAAAGAAUAAGCAGACAAACAUGAUAUCAGAAAUGGCAAUAUGCAGAAACCAGUAGGAAGACAUAAUAGGAGACUUUAUGCCCAGACUUUAAGGUGGCUAUCAGGAAACAUCAUAGGGAAACUCCAGUGUGAAAUCAUAUUUUGUCAGGCAAUUCAGUUUUGUAACCUGUGGCUUGAAUUCAAAUUACAGAUUUGUGUCCACCAAAUGAGGAUUAAUUUACCAAUGCCCAGAGUGUUUUUGUUAUCCCCAAAACUGCCAUUUUGGUCCCUGUACUUUUACAUUUCACUUCCCCUGUAACUCCACUUCCAUCCAUAUGAAUGUAUGCAUAAUAUGGUUGUAUUACACUCAGUGCAUCUGAUUAAGUGGCCUGCGGUCCACAAAAGCUGAUGCCAUAAUCAGUGUGUUAUUGUUUAAGAUGUUGUUUGUUUCUUUUCAAGUGGUAUCUUAAAACCAUUUGAUCUAUUAUGAGCAACCAAAGUUAUUUUACAGAAGUUCUUUCUGUCAUCAGAUAAAUGUUUCACUACCUUAAUCUUGUGACUCUGGCUUGGUUUCCUCAUGAGUUACACCCUUAUACCGUCAUUGAUAAUUUCUAUAUGUAUGAGGCAGACCAAAUUUCUGUAGUUUUCAUCUUUGUCUAGUCACACUACUUUUAACACUUUAUUCAUUCCAUUUAUCACUCUUUUCCCAGCCUUUCUGCUUGUUGCACAGGUUCUUCAUUUUGUGCAGCUCUGGGAUACUGUGUCAAAUAUUUUGCAGCUUUGUUAUUUUUCAGACUAUCCCCUGUCAUUUCCAUCACACAAACAUUAUGGUGGAAAUGAGCUAUGCAGAUAGUGUUCAUUUGGAAAACCUAUUAGCAAAUAGGGCUGAUUUGAACCAGGGGCAUGUGACUCCGGCCAUCUUGUGUGUACCACUACCUUAGCAAGGAUUGCGCUAAUAGCCUUUUUCUUUCUUUCCAAGCUUCAUUUCUCCCCUCUCCUGUUCUACAAUUUGUUCACCAUUUAUAUUGAGGCUACAUGUUUGUACCUCCUCUCAGUUUCUAACAUAUGUCAUCUCCUCUCCUUUGAAAGAACCUAGGCUUAUUUGAAGGAGAAAAAUCUAGGACUUCUGUAGGUGUGGGGGAAGCUAGUCCAUCAUUUGAGUGUGUGUGUGUUUAGUACAUGCUCUGGACUCAUAUGUGACAAUAUCACUACUUCUAUAUUUUUAAAAAAAUCAAGCUUGCCCUUCCAGACUUACAAUUCAUCCUUAUAUCCAGUAGGAAAACCAUUGCUGGUAUCCUGCAAGCAUUAUACAGUAAUUGUUAGGCGUCAGGCACAUUUUGUGACUGGCACAGUUCCAACUGUGACCACCUGGAGGUCUCUGGAAUGCCAGGUUGGCAAAUGACACCUCUGUCUGGUUGGCCCCUCCAGCUUUCUUAAGCUGGUAAGCAGAAGAGCUUAUUUAUUGCAUUUAGUAAGGGUAAAGGGACCCCUGACCAUUAGGUCCAGUCGUGGCCAACUCUGGGGUUGCGGUGCUCAUCUCGCUUUAUUGGCCGAGGGAGCCGGCGUACAGCUUCCGGGUCAUGUGGCCAGCAUGACAAAGCCGCUUCUGGCGAACCAGAGCAGUGCAUGGAAACGCCGUUUACCUUCCCGCCGGAGCGGUACCUAUUUAUCUACUUGCACUUUGACGUGCUUUCGAACUGCUAGGUUGGCAGGAGCUGGGACAGAUCAACGGGAGCUCACCCCGUCAUGGGGAUUCAAACCGCCGACCUUCUGAUCGGCAAGUCCUAGGCUCUGUGGUUUAACCCACAGCGCCACCCGGGUCCUUUUUAUUGCAUUUAUAUCCCACCUUUUUGUCCAAAGAGUACAUGGUUCACCACCUCCUCAGUUAAUCCCUACAGUGACCCUGUGAGGCAGGUUAAGAGGCUGUGACUGGCCCAAGGUCACCCAGUGAGCUUCAUGACUGAGUGGGGAUUUGAACUCUGGCCUCCCAGGCCCGUAUCUGACACUCUAACCACUACACCACACUGACUUCCUGGAGUACUUCUGCUAUGGGGCAGCUGUAUAAAUUAAGUAGGUAAAUAAACAUGGGAAAAGCAAAAUGUCACAGAGAAGGAUCUGAAAUAUUUUCCUUGAAGCUUGAAUUUGUUUUAUUUUGAAUUGUUUUAUUUGAUGUUUUAAUGUGAACUUUGAUUUUUUUUUCUUUAAAACAUAAAGUGGUAUAGAAAUGAUGAUUAUGAUAAUAAUAUCUGGGGGUGGUAGUCCCUAGACAUACCGUUGUGGCAACUGUAACCCAGGUUUAAGGUCCCAUUUGGUGAUUAGCUUAUAUACCUGAGUUUCUAACACCAUAGUUUUUUGAUUACCCAAACCCUGCUGAGCUACAUAAAUAUGGACCUGCUAAAACCCACAAUCUGAAGCCAUGCUUUUUGUUGGUUUAUUAAUUUGGUUUAUUUUAACUAUGGUUUGGUAUUACUUGUAAACCUGGCACUCUUCCAUAGCAAUGGUUUGUUUGCCCAUCCCAACCCAGGUGCGCAAUCUAGCUACAAAGCACGAUCAACUGGAAAACAAAUCAAGCUUUGGAGAAAAAAGCCAUGGUUUGUUUGAUCACCUGUGGGACUGCUUGUUGUUCAGUCAUGCUUUGUUAAACAAACAGCAGCUUAGUAUGUGUGAACAAGGGCCUUUGUAUUUUUCUAAAAAUGUUGUGUAUAUGACUGCUGUGGGUAUAGUCUAUAGUUUAUCCCUUCUGGGACUAUAGGAUGUUAGGUGCUAGCAUUAUCUAGUAAUGGCUCAGCAUUCCAAACAGUUGCACUGUCUUUCUGUAAAAAAAAAAUGUAAUCUGGUUUCUUUGGCAAAAGCAUAUCAAAUAUUAGAAACAUAAAACUAGGUCAGAGAUGUUUUUAAAAUGAUGAAUGAGAACCACAGAACCAUUAAACUAUCUGGGUCACAUUUUUCAGUUUUUCUUUUUACUUUAAGUACACAUUUUAUUAUGCCUAUUAACACACACAAAAAAAAAAAACAUUCUCACUAGAAGACCAUCCUGCAUUGUUUUAAAAGCUGUUUUUUUAACUUUAAAAGUGAAUUGCUUUUAUGGCAUAAUGCAGUUUCCCAAACCUUUUCCCUUUGUGGACCGCUUGAAAAUUGCUGAUGGUCUCGGUGGACCAUUUAAUGAUUUUUUUGCCUAUUGUAGCAGUUGCAGUGCACUGUGCUAAAUGCUGUUAUGAUUUUUAAUUGCAUUUUUACUGCUUUUUUGUUUCUUCUAAUGUAUGUAUUGCAAUUUGCAUUCCAUAGAAUUCAAAUUGUAAUGCAAUGUAAUACAAUAUAAGAUAUAAAAGAAGCAAUACAAGUACAAAAAAAUUCAGCAUAGACAUGCUACAGACUCAUAGAAUCAUAGAGUUGGAAGGGACCCUGAGGUUCAUAUAGUCCAACCCCCUUCAAUGCAGGAAUACGUAGGUGUCCCUUGCGGGGAUUUGUGUAGAAACUAGCCUACUGCAUAAAGUUAAAAUUCAUGUUGAUUGCUCCACUCACUUUUGUCUCUAGUCCCACCCACCGCUGGCAUGUGGGCUCUGGAAAGUUGCCCAGAGGGGAAUGCAGCCUUUGAGCUGAAUAGUUUCCUUAGCCCAGCCAUGAUGUGUCUAAGCUAAACACAGUGCUGUGCUUGGGUGGAUAUGCACGUGACGUUGGUGGUUCCAGGAGCAAGGUUAGUUUCAGUUUGUUGCUCAGGUGCUCACCAAGGGAAAAGUUCAGGUGGCAAUUACUCAUGUAAAAAGUCGUCCUUGCUUUUCUCAACUUUCCCUUGCACACAGUUCGUCCCUAUUUCCAUGCCUGAUCCUCUCUCCUAUAUACAGCCCCCUUUGUGCAGACACCCUUAUAAAAUUCAUUCCCCUUUUCUCUGCCUCCUCCUUUUUGCAACUCUCCCUUGCACCCAGGACGCCCUCAUUCCUAUCCUCCUCUCUUGUUCUACAGUUCCCUUCUUCCCACUCCCAUGCCAAGAUAUGUUACUGUAUCUGUAAGAUGAAUAGAACUUUAAGAGCAAGUCUGUCUGCUACCUAACGUUGAUCAGGGAUUGAUCGCUUCUUUACUAAGGUAACAAUUCUUGUCUCGAAUGCCACACACCCUUCCUCAUCUCUCACUACAGUUCGUUUUGUUUACAUGAGCCUUAAAGUAGGAGAGCUGGUUCAAUUCUGAAGGAUUGAAGUAGGCCACAAAACAAAUAGAACCUAUGGCCCUAGUAAAAUUAUGAGAGACUAUGGCUGUCAUUAAUGAAUAGCUUUCACUGGGGCGGGAGCAACCUUAGUGGGGGGGGGAGCAGGGAGGAAACCAAAAUAAAUGACUCAAGUGGAGCAACAAAAUGGCAAUACAUAUGCAACAUAUUCUGUGUCGGCGGGGCAGGAAGUAGAUGAAAAUGAAAGAGAACUUGAUUCCAUGAGAAUACUAUGUGUUGCUACCAUUCAGAAAUCCACAAAGAUAAAGUAUAGUAUUGUACAGUACAGUGUUUUCUCAAACAUUUUGACUAAUCCUAGAAGUUGUGGUCAUCAUUAUCUGCUUCAAGGAAGGAUUCAGCACUACAGUGGUACCUCGGGAUGCGAACGGGAUCCGUUCCGGAGCCCCGUUCGUAUCCUGAAUGGAACGUAAGACACGACAGUGCGUGCACCAGUUGCGUUUUGCCACUUCCGCGCGUGACGACAUUUUGAGCGUCUGCGCAUGUGUGAGCGGUGAAACCCGGAAGUAACGCGCUCUGUUACUUCCGGGUUGCCACGGAGCGCAACCCGAAAGCGCUCAACCUGAAGCACAUUCAACUCAAGGUAUGACUAUGCCAAUAAUAGCAAAACACUUCUAUGACUUUUAUUUCAUGUUUGUCACAUUGUUUUAUUAUUUUGCUGCUUAGGUUUUAGUAUUUUGUAUUUUCGGGUUUUUCUCUAUGUAACUAUGGAGUGGUUUUGUUUUGUUAUGGUGAAAGCUACUCUUGGCCCAUAGACCGUCUGAUUCAAAUAAAUCUAAGGAUUCCCUUAUCUUACUAUAUCUCCUCUUGUUAGUCUUGAACUGCUUCCAUUUACAACCUUGCACGUGCUGCGCAUACAGUCGUACCUCCUUUUGCGUCCGGGAUCCGUUCUGGAGUCCCAGACGCUUGAUGAAAGGGAUGCUGGACAAAGCGCCGCUCUGCGCAUGCGCAGAGCGCGAUUUAGAGCUUCUGCACGUGCAUGAGCGGCAAACCCGGAAGUAACCUGUUCCGGUACUUCGGGUUUGCCGCAGACGUUUGACGAAAUGGACCCUAAAUGGGACAGACUCAAAACCAGGUGCGACUGUACUGCUGCUAAAGUGUUUGACUUCUUAUAAAAAUCUAAGCCAUUUGCACUGGGAGGACAGGGGCGCAUGAGUGUGAAAGCUGUCUUGUCUGUCCUGUCCUAACCAGAAUAAUCCUGCUUACCUUUUAAUAGUGUUUGACUAUAAGAUGUAAUAACUCUUCAAAAUAUGAAGUUCAGAGCAUCAUAAUAGGAUGCAGAGAAACAGAGGAAAGGGCACUCCGAAAAAUUUUGCUUUUGAAAAGUUGUUCUUAACAGCCAGUGGCUUUGCCUAUGUAUUAAUGCAUGAUCUCUCUAUUACAAAUAGAUGAGAUACAAGGAUCUAAUUAUUCCUCUUUACCCUCCAACUUUUCUAAAAACAUUGCAAUAAAAGCUAUUAAUCCUACAUCCUGGUUGAUUGCGCUAAACAUAGUACAAUCCUUCUCUCUCCUCAGGCAUAUAUAAUUUAGUUUUAUAUAAAAUGAGAUAUUUAACUAGUUUAGGGAGUUUGCUUCAUUUUGGCACUUGUAUGCAAGAUGCAUUUUCCAUAACCUUUUUUUACAUUUUCUUGAGAAUGGAUCAAGUACUGCCAAGCAGCUGAUUGUUUCACAAGGGAAACAGUUUGGCUGGGGUAUCCCUCUGUCAACUGGAUAGAUGCCUAUUUUUAUCCUUGCUUCAUAAAACCUCCCAGCUGUCUUUAAUUUAAAUAAAAUGUGGAUAUGCUGGUUGAUCCAGAGUGAGAAAUUUCUGUCGAGAUCUGUCUUUUGUUGAAACACUCCAGUCUCUAAGCCAUUCAUUCUAAGGAUAAACUACUUUAGUUCCAAUUAUGGCAGAGAGCACAUACAACAAUUAUGUCAGGAGUUGCUGGGUUCACACAACACAGUGGUGUAUAUUAUUAGACUCUAUUGCAAGUUAUGUACUCUUGACAAGUAGAGACUUUUAUUGACUGUCAUCUAUGGCUCAAAAUAUCUUGAGGAAGUUUAGAUGUGAAGCAGUCAUCAAAGUAGCUCAGUGCAGUUCUUUGUUUGCAUUUGGCACACAGAGGACGUUGUCAGUCAGGAGAAUGUUCUCCUCAGUCAUUCUUAGAGACCACAGAGACCUGUAGUUAGGACGAUAAUCUUUUAGUGUAUGGUGCACAAGCCAUUUACUUACUUUCUUAUUACAUUUUUAUACUGGCCAGUAGCCAUUUUUUAUUUCAUGUUUAUGUCUCACUUUUAUAUAUUAUGGUUUUAAUUUUUACUGUUAACCUCUUAGUUGACACCUUUGUAGUUGAGCAGUAGGGAUGCAGGUAGUUCUGUGGUCUAAACCACUGAGCCACUUGGGCUUGCCGAUCAGAAGGUCAGUGGUUCAAAUCCCCACAACGGGGUGAGCUCCCGUUGCUCUGUCCCAGCUCCUGCCAACCUAGCAGUUUGAAAGCAUACCAGUGCAAGUAGAUAAAUAGGUACCUCUGCGGCGGGAAGGUAAACGGCGUUUCUGUGUGCUCUGGUUUCCAUCACCAUGUUCUGUUGCUCCAGAAGCGGUAGAUGAGCAAGUAGAUGGUCACUUAUUGUUUUAAGCUUAUCAUCAUGUGGAAGAAUUAGUCCUCUCCAAAGUGAUACCUGAGUAACUGGGGACCUGACAGUUGACUUUCUGUAAACACAACAUAAAAAUAGGAACCAAAUUGAUUCAAAACAAUCCUGUUUUGAAGUGCUGUGGACCAGUCUACUAUUGUAAGUGAGCUUUUCUGAGAGUGCCACAGACAAGAUCCUGUCCAACCAUCCUUUCUUUCACAACCCUAUUUUGCAUUUCCAGUGGCGUGCUAUCUGUGCCUGCACUAUUGCCAGCAAUAAAGCAACAAAUCCCUUGUGUUACACAGAAAAAUCUAACUCACUAUCUUUUGACAGUAGUGGGAAACGAGGAUCUGGGUUUAGGAGUUGCCCGAAAUUGUAGAAAAAAAUCAUUGUAAUGCUUAACAUAUGUGCAGUUCCACCCACAACCCCCCAGCACAAUGGAAAUAUAUUUGGAUUAGUACUAUGAUGUUUCACCAAGAUCCAGUGCCAAUGAAAUACAAUAUUGAGAACUGCCUUCUUAAUUUUAGCAGAAAUAGAUUUCAGGGGCAGGUGGGUCUACAAACAUUCUAAAUUGGAAUCAUCUAUUUUUAUCCUGAGAUCUUCUUCCUAUGCAUAUUUCAAUGCCACUAUAGACCACAUGGACACAUUGAUGAGAAGCUUGUAAGUCUUAGAAGCAGUCCCCUUAAAUUCUGACAAAGGUCGUGUACAAAGAUGUUGGUAUACAGUUUGAAAACACAGGCUAUGGGCCACACCUAUGAAGCCCCAUAGCAAAUGACAAAGAAAAAUAGCUUUUCGUAGCCAAUUGCAUGGUGGCCCCAUGAGCUUGGGCAGUCUGUUAAAAUCAUUGUUUUUAGUCAUCUUCUUGAAAUUGCCUUAUGAAGAUGUAUCAUGUUGUUUGUCAUCUUUUUAUGUUGAUAGUUUUAUGUUGAUACAUAGAGUUAAGACAAUGAAAUUCAGUUUGGUAAAUUAUGGAGACCAUGCUGAAGGAAGAACACUCUAGUGUGUAGUAGAGUGGAAGACCAGUCUAGUGCUAAUAUCAGUGGCCAAAAUCAGUUGGUAUGGAGAACCUGCAAUUUUUAUCUGGGCUAGACUAUGGAUUAACAAUGUGUGAGAAUGGCAUAUGUGUGGAAUCCAGUUGGGGCAUCUUUUGCAGUUGCUCCACUGAGACAUCUGCUAAUGGGCAGAAGGGAAGGAGAGGAUUGUUGCCAGUUCCCCUUUCUGGGAGCCCCCAGUCUGUUCUUGAGGGUUGGGGGACCUUCAAACAGAUCUUGGGGGGCACAGGAGGCUGCAGAGGGGCAAACAGUACUUUGCUGGUUGAGGCAUAGAUGCAGUUACUGUUAACAAACUUAUAUUUUGCAAUUGGCAUAAAUGUAAAACCCACUGAUGAUUAAAAGUCUCUUGUUAUUUUAUUUAUUUAGGCAAGUCGUGUAUCACUUAUAUUUGGGAGGGGGAGAUUUUAAACAGUUGCCAGUAUAUUUUAAAACAUAGAGUAUAAAUAAUAAAGUACUGAAAAAAAUUCACAUUAUAGAACAUCACAAUUAACAACUAAUCUGGGCACUGUCUAAUAUCAGCAUAAGCUACAGAAAUACACUGAAAAUGCCAAGUUUUAGAACAUAGUUAGCAGCUAAGCAACUAAACAAAAUGACCUCUAAAAAUAGCAAUAAAAUACUACAAAUUAUAAUAAACUACAUAAUAUAAAACCCACAUUUUAAAAUAAUAUAAUUGACAAGUAAGCAAAAUAAAAAGCAAACUCUUUCCAAACCACCAUAUGACCAGUCAAUCAUAUACUUAAACAAACUGAUCUAAUUAAAUUCCUAGCCCCUCCUUUUUACCGAUAAAGACAGCUUAAUCUAACUGUAGCAAAAAAUUCCACCCACUUCUAUUCAAGAGCACCCUUUCAUAAUCAACGCUCAGAACAAACAGAUAAAUGCUAUAAACCAACAUACUCAAACCUCAGUCUUCUAGCAUGCCCUCCAGUUAAACUAUUCAUUCACCACAACCACUCCUAUAAUUCAAUCUAACAUCAACCACCGACUCACAUGUCUACACCAUGAGACUUUGACCCUCUCCUAAAUAAAACUUUCCUGCCAAUAAUGCCCCCUCACCUCUCACUCAGGGUUACUGGUGGAGAUAAUUUAUCCCCUCUAUUAGUCUGGCCUUUUAAAUGUGUUUGUGGGGUGGGAGGGAGGUUACUGGUUUUUUCUUUCUUUGUCUAUUUUAUUACAUUAUGUAUUUGUGUUUUUAUUUUGUCUUUUUGUGCUUUAAACCACCUCAUGAUCUUUGGAAGGGCAGUAUGAUAGAGGGGGGGGGGGGAGAGAGAGAGAUAUUCUAUCUAUCUCUAUCUAUCUAUCUAUCGUCUGUCUGUCUGUCUGUCUGUCUGUCUGUGUCUCUAUCAGCAGCCAAGCAAUAACACUUCACCCAUAUGAAUGAAUGCCUUGUAUAAAUACCACCUACUUCCCUCAUCUCUCACCUGAAGAACCAAAAACUACUCCAGUAUCAGGUUGCCACCCUAAGAAAGUGUAGGAAUAAAUGUCUUCAGGUUCAUAUGCAACAUGAUGAUAAAACCUUAUGCACCUCUCCCCGCAGAAAACGGGAGAAAGCAGUAAAAAUACAAUAUGAGGUGACACCUUUGUUCUUCUGGUGUACCUGAAGGGUGAUUGGUGUUGGCCUGCUGCAGGAGAUCUACCACCCUUGGCAGGUCUGUUCAAAAAGCCCCAGUCCCAUAAGCAGCGAGUCAGCCUGCUGCUCAGCUGAUUGCAUUAAGCCAGAUAACAAGGCUCUGAAUCACAGCCUGCUCACUUGCCCAGGUCUCACCAUUGUGUGAGGUGUAACAGUGAUUCCGCCUGGGGGGAAAUUGUGCAUAAGGGCCUUCCAUGUCCCCUCCCUUCCUUUGCACAUACUCACACAGUUUUGCCCAGAAUCUAGUAAAUUUAAUGUUUGAAGAAUAUUAUUGCCACUUCACAUUACCUGACCAGUCUAUUGACCAUUUUAUAGAAUCACAUUUAUGUUAUGGGAACUUCUAAGUGAGUGGGACAGGACUCUGAUAAUAGUCUGGAGGAGCUGAUUCUCUGAAUCCUGUCACAUGACAUCCAUUUCUGUUCUGUCCACUUUUAGUUUUUCAUGGUUAUCAGGUAGCAGAAGUUUUAAGUAUAGGAAGUAAGACUUGUUAAAAAUUGCUACAUCUUUUAAUUAAUAUCCAAAUUCAAGGUCAAUAUUAUAAGGCCUUAUUUCUGUACUGUAUCAUUCUUAAUAAAGCCUUUUUAAAAAGUCUGUAAUUGAUUCAUCGGUGCAAUUGGUUAAUUGCCUAAGUUGCAAAUUAAAAUAGAUUCUUCGAAAUCACCACUCAACAGUGGUGAUUAUGGGCUGGUAUUCUAUUCUCCCAUUCUGCCUUGUCAUAUGAAAAUUGUACUAGCCCUUCUCUCACUACUCUUAACUAAUAGAUUUUACAUUAACACAGAUAAUUGCUGUGGUUUACACCUAUCAUGCUCUGUCAACUAGAGUUUGCUAGCCAGCUGUAACUUCUAGUUUUUGAUCAUACAUAAAACUGUGCAAACUCUCUUUUAUUUAUUUCAGAUAUGAAAACCGCUGGAAGGGAUUAACUCUUCACACAGUGGCUUCAUUCUAAUGAUCAUAUGUCAGCUUAAUGAUGUGAACCAUGAAUUAGUCCUUUGCCCCUCUCUUUGUAGCACAAGCAAUUGAGCAAUUUGAAACAGUGGUUCCCAAACUUUUUGUGGCCACCGCUCCUUUGGUUCCAUAACCUCAUCCUCGGUGCUCCCUGCCCUUUGAAAAGCAUUAUUCAGAAAAGUGAUUUGCAUAACCCACUAAGGAAUAUAACAAAUAAAAUUCAAAACUAUAACAGUUAAUUGCACAUUUAUUCAAAAUCCAAUUAAAACUAAUCCAAUUAAAACAAUUUUAUUUAUUUCAACAAAAUUGAUGAAUUUGUUCCAGUGAUACAUAGUCUUUUCAAAGUCUGAUAGACAUUUACACCUCCAGCAUCCCUGGGCCACCACCUUGCCGCUUAGCAUAAGGUUACCAGAUUUUUUUCAGUGAAUCCGGGGACACUUUUCAACUUCAAUGAAUUUUGUAUGGGGACUGAUUUGUAAAUCCAGGGACUGUCCCCGCUGGUAACCUUAUCUUAGCACCUCAGGUAAUCCCCCCACUCCCAGGGGGUGGUACCACCCACUCUGAGAACCACUGUUCUAGAUUGUUCUAAGGCUGGUAACCAUAGUCCCCCCAUUUGGACAAAAUAGAAAACUAUGUUUAACUGAAGGCAUCCUGUUUUAAUUGUGAGUUGUGCAAAGGAGUAGAGAGCAGUCGAGUUGCCUGUGCAGGCAAAAGUUUUGUUCAUAUCUUGACUUACUAAACCAAAAUACAACUGACCAAAUUGGGAUGGUGAAGUAAGUUUGAUAGCACAGUUUUUCUUGUGUCCUGGAAUCGGUUCAUGUAAAUCUCAGUAGACAUGUCUUCAUGCCAAGGAGGAUAUUUAUGAGGAAGGGAAAAUAAUUGUUCUAUUGGGAUGUUAUUCGCACACACUGAUCUAUCUGAACCAUGCCAAUACGCUGCGCAGCUGUUUUAGUGACAUAAGGUUUUUUGUUUAAGUAAGGACGUAAAUAAGAACUUCCUUCCUCUUCCAUUCAUGCUUGUUUUAACUUGAUGUGGAAUUGUGAUUUGGUGAAGAAUGAUCAUGAAGUUACCAUCCCUUGUAAAGCAAUCCAUGAAAACGUUUUCAUCUGAGGUAUUCUCUUUACAUAGAGACACUUGAUCUACAAGAUGAAAACAACAUGGUUUCGUAUUUUCACUUUCAGGGAAUUAUUUGGGGACUGCUGACUGGGUGGCACCUUGCUGUUCAUAAUUGCCAAAAGGCUUUAAAAAUACUAACAAAUACCUAAACGGGGGAAUUAAGAGGGUUAGCCCAGUUCAUGGUAACACACAGUUUAAAUUAAUAAUCCAGAUUGAAUUGUUACAUUGGCUACCUUUUUGAAGAGCUUUGAGAAGCUUCAGUUGGUUCAGAAUAUGGCAACAAGGCUGUUGGUGAAUGCUUGUCCAUGGGUCUAUAUUGCACUUACCCUGUACUGAUAGUAAAUACCUUUAAAAACCCCAAAGCAUAGUUGGUUCAGUCAGCCUUCAAUGGUUUGUUUGCUGUCUUCUGCUGUUUUAAAUACUUUUCUGUUCUUGCAAGGUUUUGCCUCACCAGGCAAAUAAUGUGUUCUGUGAUGAGCUUUGCAUUUUAGCUGCUGAGACUGUCUCUAUGUUUUUAAAAUGAUAUCUUAAUUGCUGUAAGUAUCUCUGAUUAAUGCAUAUACAUUUGAAGAGUGGGGUAUACAUUCUUGAAUAAAUAAAUAAAACAGCUAGACUUGUGACUGGGAGUGGCUGACUGGACCAUAUAUCACCGGUCCUAAAGGAUCUACAUUGGCUCCCCGUACAUUUCCGAUCACAAUUCAAAGUGUUGGUGCUGGCCUUUAACGCCCUAAACAGCCUCAGUCAGGUAUACCUGAAGGAGUAUCUCCACCAACAACACAAUCUAGUAAAGGAAACAAGUUUAAAGUAAGAUGGCAAAGAAUGUUAAUGAUAUUGCAGAAGUAUAGAAUGUUAUAUUUAGGAUUAUCUCCAAGUGUAAGUAUUAAAGAGAAUUGCUUUAAGAUGUAGUAGUGUUAUUUAUGAUACACAAUGUUGUAGUCAAAAUUGGAAAUGUGGAAAAUCUGGAGUUGAUUUCAUGCACAUGUGAUGGAGCUUGUGAAAUGGUGAAAUAAUACUGAGAAAAGAUUGCUAAAACACUGAAACUGACUCAUUAUUUACCUUUACACUCUUGAUUAAUACUUCACAGUUAUAUGAAAACAGCCAUGCUAUCAUAACGGCAUAUUUUAGGAGGCUGUUUAUUAAUAACUACAUGAAUGUUACUGGUCACAAAAUGGCAUAUACUCGCAACUCCUACAGUACAAAAAUAGUUUGCUGAAUAAACAAAAUUGGUACAACUGAGGGAAAGGAGGCAGAAAAAGGAACAGUUUGAAAAAUCCUGGUCUCACGUUUGUAAGCAAAAAUUUGAAAUUGAAGCGUUUGAGACCUCACUGCUGAAAUGAUCGGAUAACAACAGGAGGAUAGCAUGGAGAAUGAUAAGAGUAAAUAAUGAAAUUAUGCAUUAAAUAUUAUACUAUUAUAUUUAUUUCCUUAUGUAUUAUAAUAUAUAUUUGUAUUCUAAGUAUAUAUUUGAUAAACUUAUUUAGAGAUGAAAUUUGCUAUAGGUGGACAGAGCAGUAUCUAAGUUUAUUUUAUGCAUUUUAGCAGGGAGCUGUAUCACAAAGUUUGAAGUGUAAAAUCCCAGUAAUAGUUAUGGUCCGAUCGCCACAAAAGGAGAGGGGCAUGGGUAUUGAAGCUGAAAACAGGUGCAAAGAGAGGUACAGAAUAGAACAGAAAAGUGGCUUCCGUAGUGGGAUUGGCAAGGUGAAAAGCAAGUUUAGUAGUUGCAAUGCCGGGGGGGGGAGCUAUAUGGUGGGGAUGGUAGAACACCAUUCAGUCCUUACAACUACCUUUUAUUAAGUAGAACAAAAAAGAAUUUUAUUGGCCGCAAGCUACAAAGUUCAACAAUUGCAACCCUGUUAUUGCUUAAUAAUUACCUAUGUAAUUAUGCAGGAAGGAUGGUUCACUUAGACUGUUGAAGGUAAGAAUUCAAGAUUGCAGGUGUUGCCUUCUGGCAUCUUGCUGUUUCUACUUGUCUGUCAACUCUGCAACUAACGAACGGUUGUGUUUUUGAAUCCGCAGAUAGCAUAUGCAGUGCAUUUAUUUAGCUCUUUUUGGUAUGUCCUAAAGACUUAGUCAAAAGCCAACUAAUGCUUUUUAAAUUUAUUUUACGGGCUGUGGCACAAUAGUAAGGUUGGCUCAGCAACCCACUACAUUACCUUGAUGCCUGAAAGUUGCUAGUGAAUAUGGUUUAGUUUGUAGAUGGCAACAGAUCUGUUGCUGGUAUUCCCCUAUCUACCAUAGAGCAGAAUUAGGGCAGUGUCUGAGGAGAAAAGCAGGACUUUUCCACUCUCCACCUGGCCCAAGCUGGGGCCUUACAGGCCUCAUAAGGACUGCUGCUGCAGCUGCUGCCCAGCAAGUACAGUGGUACCUCGGGUUACAUACGCUUCGGGUUACAUACGCUUUAGGUUACACACUCCACUAACCCAGAAAUAGUGCUUCAGGUUAAGAACUUUCCUUCAGGAUAAGAACAGAAAUUGGCUCCGGCGGUGCGGUGGCAGCGGGAGGCCCCAUUAGCUAAAGUGGUGCUUCAGGUUAAGAACAGUUUCAGGUUAAGAACAGACCUCCGGAACGAAUUAAGUACUUAACCCGAGGUACCACUGUACUGGGGUAUUUUGGGGAAAGUUUGUUGGGAGUUUUUGCUGUUGUUACUGAUACUAAAUGAUAUUACUGAUACUAACUUUUUGUAUCUUCAUUUUUAUGUGGAAAUUGUUCAGUUUGGUUAUGAAGUUUUAAAUGCGUUUUAUUUAUUUUUGACUACUUUGCUAUGUUUGUAAUCAUGUCAAUCUUUUCAUAUUGGAAGCCGCCUUGAGCAUUGUUUUAACUGUGGAAAGGUGGCGUACAAAAAAAAAAUAUGGGGGGGAUUCAUAGAACCAUGGAAUUAUAGAGUUGGUCCCCAACCCCAAGGGUCAUCUAGUCCAACCCCCUGCAAUGCAGGAAACUCAUCUAAAGCAUCAUGACAGAUGGCCGUUCAGCCUCUGCUUUAAAACCUCCAAAGAAUGAGAGGCCACCACCUUCCCAAAGAGUCUGUUCCAUUGUUGAGCAGCUCUUACCGUCAGAAAGUUCUUCCUGAUGUUUAGUCGGAAUCUCCUUUCUUGUAACUUGAAGCCAUUGGUUCAUGCCCUACCCUCCAGAGCAGGAGAAAACAAGCUUCCUCUAUCUUUCCUGUGGCAGCCCUUAGAUAUUUCAAGAUGGCUAUCAUACCACCGCUCAGUCUCCUUUUUUCCAGGCUAAACAUACCAAACUCCCUCAUCUGUUCCACAUAAGAUCAGACCCUUGAUCAUCUUGUCAAUGUCCUCCUUAAAUUUGUCGUGCCCAGAACUGGACACAGUACUCCAGGUGUGGUCUGACCGAGGCAGAAAAUAAAUGGUACUAUUACUUCCCUUAAUCGGGAGACUGUACUUCUGUUGAUGUUGAUUUAUGGCUGGAACUAUUAGUUUAAGACUGGGAAAUACAUUGCAAGCUCUAGGGGUGUGUGUGCAUACUAGCUGAAUGCACACAAAUUUUGCAGAUAUGCAAAGAAGAAAAUUAUAUAUGCAUGUAAACAUAAUUCAGGAAACAGGUUGUGUCUUGGUUCUAAAAGCAGACAAAGGUGUGAGUGAAAAUCAUUUGCAUUAUGCUUCCACAGAAAGGAAUGUAGCCAAACUAUUCAAUAUGUGGUUUAUGUUAGUCUCUGCAGUGUAGGCAGUAGGAAAAGCUAUUAGCUUCCGAAAUAUGGUAAGGCCUGAAGCUUUACUUGGAAUCCUACCUGUACAAAUUCUAUUGAACUCAGUUGGGUUUACAUUCAGAUAACCAUGCUAAAGAUAGAGCUGUUAGUUUCCCAAGAAGUGCAUGUAGAAUUGCGAAGUGUUGGUUGUAAAAAUGUAUUUUCCAUGGAUUCUCAUGUAAGAAAUGGCAAAGAAACUGUUCCCAGUCCAUAGUUGAACGAAGUGCUUCUGCUGUCUCCUAGGUAAAGGAAGGGUGAAAUAUGUAUUGUAGUUUACUUUUAACUCUGAUUGAGGAUUCUUUUUCUUAAAUGAAAGAACUAAUCCCAGGUCUUUGGGCCUGUUUGACUUUUAAAUAUGGUUGGCCAUGGUGCCUAAGCCAUGUCUUCACACUUUAAUUUCUCUUGACACAUUUAUUUCUUCCUUGACUUGUUGGCUCUUUCAUACCAUAGCUUGCCAUUAUGUCUGAACAGGCAAACUAUGGUUUGUACUUGUUCCUUAAACCAGAAUAGAUUUGCACGGCGGUUUCCCAUUCUGGUUUGGAGAACAAGUGCCAAGCUGUAGUUUGCUAGAACCAGGAAGUCACAGAGGGAAUUUAUAUGUGAGAGAAGGAAGAAGCGCUGACUUUUUAGACCCAGUGGUUAAACCAGCCCCUAUCUGUGCCUGCCUGUUCUGUGUAUUGUGAUGAGUUGUGCAAGCAUCAUCAGUUAGUAUUUUUAGAAUAUGGUUGUUUACAAUUAAAUAUUUAAUUACAGUUAAAGGCUUAUAAGAAUAGGCACUCUGAGUAAUAGUGAAGAGAGCAAAACGGAGCCCAACAGCUCAUGUUAUCAGUGCCUGAGCAUUUGCUGUUGGGGCUGCCCCUCCACCUUCUCAAGCAUUUUUGCCCCGGGGGUGAUUACUCUCAAGUGGUUGACAAAGCAUGAUAUCUUGGUUGGCCGUUUGGGGUUGUUUGGGAACUGCAGUGAUAGGAAUGAAGAACACUUCUUACCUUUGUUCAAACUUGCCCACUGUGUGCUUGGGUUAGGAAGAAGUUAGGGGGUGGGAACUCAUGACCCAUUAGGCUAAAUUCAGCCCACUAGCGAUGUACUGUGGCUUAUCAUGUUUUCUAUCACAGACUGGCAGGAAAGCCAGGAGGUUUUUUGAUCUUCUGGUGGUUGGUACACUGUGUUCACUUCGUUGGGUUACAAGUUGUCCAAGCCUCUUGCAGGGGUUGGGACGUAUAGGAUUGGGAAAAGAGUUAAUUGAGGCAGUGCUGCCUCCACACACAUGUAAGAGAGAAGGUAUGCCUGUGAAGUAUCAUUGUGUUGCAGAGUUCAAACCAUUGUGAAGGAAUGAAGUGGGAAUUCUGGGGAAUGUAUCAUGGGAAUGAAAAUGAGAGGGUGAUCAGGGAUUCAUAGAGCUGGAAGGGACCUUGGAGGCACCUGGGAGAAAUUUAUGGUUUGGAUAUGUCAAACUGGGGUUGAUUUUAGGUGAGUAUCUGAACUGGACAAGGGAAAGAUGUCUUGCACUGAUAAGUAUGGGACCAGGUAUUACUGGUGAUUCAGUGUUCCUUCCAGUAUUAGAAAUUCAGGUGAAUAUGCUUAUACAAAUGCAACUGAGGAAGGCAUGUAUUCCCCACUCCUUUUUAAUGGUUCUUUGUGUUUGUUUUUAAGACCUGUUACAGCCGUAGCUCAGCAAAAACUGUUACUCUAACAGUAUUUCUUAACUACAGAAUUGAAUCAGAUUGCUGUUGGGUUUAGCUUAGUGGUUAUGAACUAUAAUUAUAUAGUAUGGCAACUGUAUGCAGGAAAAGAUGUUUUUAUUGUAGCAGUUUGAAGACUGUGUCCAUCUUUGUAAAAAACAAAAACAAACCACAGUUGAAAUGCUGAUACUGAGUCCUUGUUGAAAGGAAUUUGGCAGCUCCUCUGGACUUUUGCUGGAUAAGUACCCACAUUGUACAAACCAACAAUGUCUCACAUGGCAGGGAAUCUAAAAAAACUGAAUACUCACAUAAUUGCCACUUAAAUCCUUAUAUAAAGGAUCCAUUUAGCAAGAAUAAGAGGGUGUUUAUUAUUGAUGGCUUUUUAGAAAGCUCAGUAUUUAUAAGCUGGCUUUUUAUAGACCAAGGCCAUAUUAUUUUAUAGACUUUGCAUCUUCUAAAAGAUACAAUCCCCCCCCCCCAUUACAACUAUGUCCCAAGAAAUCCCAUCCAAUAUUUCAAUUUAAGCUGACUGUUUUUAAAUAAUUUAUUUGCAAUAUAUUUCACUUAACUGAUUUAUUGAACCCCGACAAGAGCAGGCAACCUCCCAUCUCAUCCGGUCUGGGAACCACCCACUAACAGUGCCUCAGUCUUAUCUGGAUUGAGCUUUAGUUUAUUGGCUCUCAUCCAGUCUAUUAUUGAGGCAAGACAACGGUUUAGCACAUCCACUGCUACGCAAGUAGAGCUGUGUUGUCAUCAGCGUAUUGCUGACAAUGUACUCCAAACUUCAGAUAACCCCACUCAGUGGUUUCAUGUAGACGUUAAACAGCAUGGAGGAUAAAAUUUAACCUUGAGAAACCCCACAUUGAAGGCUUCACGGGGCUGAACAUCACCCUCUGGAAAUGACUAUCCAAGUAGGACCAGAACUUCCACAAAGGGGUGUCACCCACUCCUAACUUGGACAGCUGCUCCAGAAGGAUACCACAGUUGAUGGUAUUAAAAGCUGCUGAAAGGUAAAGGAGAAUGAACAAGAACACAUUUCCCCUGUCUCUUUUCUGACAGGCCAUCAUACAGGGGAGUGGGUGGCUCUGUGGUCUAAACCACUGAGACUCUUAGGAUUGCUGAUCGGAAGGUUGGUGGUUCGAAUCCACGCAACAGGGUGAGCUCCCAUUGCUCUGUCCCAGCUUCUGCCAACCUAGAGUUCGAAAGCACACCAGUGCAAGUAGAUAAAUAGGUACCACUGCGGUGGGAAGGUAAACAGUGUUUCCAUGCGCUCUGGUUUCCGUCACGGUGUUCAGUUGUGCUAGAAACCCCAUGACCCAGAAAGCUGUCUGUGGACAAACGCUGGCUCCCUUGGCCUGAAGCGAGAUGAGUGCUGCAACCCCAUAGUCGCCUUUGACUGGACUUAACCGUCCAGGGGUCAUUUAACUUUUACCUUAUAGGGUAAGCAGUUUCUGUGCCCAAACCAGGCCUAAUUGAAAUGGAUCAUGAAAAUCAGUUUCCUCCAAGAGUGCCUGGAUCUUAUAGCAUUCCCUUUGAACACAAGGUUCUGCUGCACAAUGCCAGGCAAAAAAUCAUAUACACUGCUAAAACUUCCUGACAAUAUAAAGAGGAUGUUUCAGAUAUAUAUACACAUACAAACACACACACACAAACAAACCAACAGACAUAUAUAUAUAUGUUUCAUACUGCCUUCCUGGUGCUAAAUUUAUCAGCUUUGAAGUAAAUCCCAUUUCAGCAGGACAUUUCUUUCAAGUAACUGUUCUCCAACUGUUGCAAUCGGUCCUUUGUUGCAGAGUGUACGGACAUAGCUCAUUUUUGAUUUUUUCUUCAAGAUUUAGAUUGUGUGGUCUUAACUCAGUGCCUUUUGUUUUCUAAAUGUUUAUUGUCCGUUUAAUAUAUCAUUUAUAAUAUGAUUGUGCUUCUUUAUAUUCCAGGAAUGGUAAAAAGAAAGAGCUAGCAAUAGAUUGAACAGGGGCAGUGAGGUCUUAAUAGUAAGAGAAAGAACAACGUGCAGUGAUUUGAGGAGCAUUUUCAAAUCCCUUUAAGGUCUACUACAGAUAAGCAAUUUGUUAAUCAGUGUUGCUAAAUGUUUGGCCUAAGAAGCUUUUGAGUGCUGGUUUGACCAAUAAAGCCUUAAACCGCUCAGGACCACAACACCUCAAGGACUGCCUCUCCCCAUAUAAACUGUCCUGGACUCUGUGUUCAUCAUCUGAGGCCCUUCUUUAUGUGCCUGCUCCAUGAGAGGUCUGAAGGGCAGCAACACGAGAACAGGCCUUUUCUGUAGUGGCUCCCGGUUUGUGGAAUGCUCUCCUCAGGAAGGUUCGCUUGCACCGUCAUUAUUUAUAAUUUAGACACUAGGCGAAAACAUUCUUCUUCAACCAGGCCUUUGGCUGAUUCAUAUCCUACAGCCUUUUAACUAUAUCUGUGAGGAGGAUGGUUAUUGUUUUGUGGUAUUGGCUUAAAUAUUUACCUGUGUUUUAUCUUUAUUUUAUUCUGUAAACUGCCAUGGGAUCUCUUGAUGAAGGGUGGUGUAUAAAUUUAAUCAAUAAAUUAAUUUGAGGGCAGCAUCCCAUAUAACAGUUCAUCUGUGCUGAUGCAACCAGUGUCUCUUAAAAUGCUGUCGUGGCUGAGUGUAAUGUAACUUUCUGAAUACAGUGGUACCUCGGUUUUCAAACGCCUCCAAAGUUGGAAUGUUUCGGAACUCAAAACGCCAAAAACCCGGAAGUAAGUGCCUCAGUUUUCAAAUGCGCCUCGGAAGUUGAACAAGAAACGCGGCUUCCGUUUUGAGUUUUCCGUAUUGAGUCUUGUGCUUUCAUUUUUUGAAUGUUUCAGAACUCGAACGGACUUCCGGAAUGGAUUAUGUUUGAAAACCAAGGUACCACUGUAGUUAAAUUUGAAAUGUGCUGCUUUCUAUACUUUUGAUAUUCUGUGCACUAUAGUUUUGCAGGCUACGUUCAGAAAUAUAAAUUGAAGAAAGCAAAUAAUGCAGCCCAUUCACUUCCACUUUUAAAUUCUGCUUUUAACAACAGAGAUCCUACUUAAUGUUUGAAUUAUGUUUGACAAGCUAUUCUUAAGAGGUCAAUGUUCAGCUGUUGAGCCCCUGGAUGUGAAGACUUUUGGAUUAAGAUUUUUGUAUGUCUGAACCUUAAUUUUAGAGCUUCAGUUUCGGGGAAAAUAUUUCACUUCUGACCAGCGGCUGCAUAUUGCAGGUAUAGGUUGUACUCAUAUGGAAGCUUGCAAAGUACCCACAGAACUUGCUUUCACACAGCCCAUAUGGAGCUGAUGGAACACGUUACAAAAAAUGCAAGUGUGAAAGCCCCCAACCCUAGAGGCAGCUGCAUAGGAAAAAAAAUAUUACUCUGUUCAAAGCCUCUCACUAAGAUGGAUCUCCAUAACCUCAGACAUGGAUUUUUGUUCAAAUUUGGCUUACCAAAUAGUUUCGGUAUUAUUUUUUCAAAUAGGCCUUGAGUCACAUUCUGCUCAGCUGCUAUUUUUAGCAGCCAGCUUCUUUGAAUUAGACUUAGCUGAUCGCAAAGAGUACACGCAGAGCAGCCAGGGCUGUGCACACACAGCCCUUCUUUGAAAGCUAAAAUCCUGCUCACAACUGCUUAGCAAUAAAGUGGGAGGGGAGACGACUGAGUCUAGCUCUCUACUUCUGUCACAAAGAGUUCAGCGGUGGGAACUGAGCUUUCUAUUGAAGGGUUUUCUAUGUGCAUUCUCAGCUGCAGGUUUGAAAAGAAGAACCACCAAUGGUUAGAGACAUAGAAGAACAAGGAUAUUUGUAUCAUUGUCUUGGCCAGCACAAAUACAGCCCUAGAUAGUUUAGAGUGUUGGUCAACUGGCUAAUUACUUUAAAUCACUGAUUUAUUAGAACAGAGAGACUUGUAAUGACAAAAAAGUGAUAUUCUAAACAACUGUGAACUAGAAGGUGAUGCUGGGGGGACAUUGCUCAACCCCUUUGCGGGGUCCUUUGGGGGUCUUACAGGGUUCUGUUCUCUCCCAAGCACACACAAAAAGACAGCUGCCAAAGUAGUUGCCUGGAGAUCCAGAAUGUGGAUGACACCCAAUUUUAUCUGUUUUCAAUUAGAUGCUGAUUGCACAUGCCAAUUACAAAAACUGAAAUGCAGUUGUGCUGUUUAGUAUAGUGCUAAAGGUUUUUGUCCUGGUCUUCUGGAAUAUAUUCCUCUACCACCCCACCCCUUCUCUCACGCACACAUAAAAAGGUAAAGGUACCCUUGCCCGUACGGGCCAGUCUUGCCAGACUCUAGGGUUGUGCGCUCAUCUCACUCUAUAGGCCGGGAGCCAGCACUGUCCGCAGACACUUCCGGGUCACGUGGCCAGCGUGACAAGCUGCAUCUGGCGAGCCAGCGCAGCACACGGAACGCCGUUUACCUUCCCGCUGGUAAGCGGUCCCUAUUUAUCUACUUGCACCCGGGGGUGCUUUCGAACUGCUAGGUUGGCAGGCGCUGGGACCGAACGACGGGAGCGCACCCCGCCGCGGGGAUUCGAACCGCCGACCAUGUGAUCGGCAAGUCCUAGGCGCUGAGGUUUUACCCACAGUGCCACCCGCGUCCCUUCUCACGCACACAUACUUGCACUUAAAAGGGAGCAGGUACCUUCCACUGAUUAUAAUCCGGCACCAGACUCACGGACCACAGGUUCCCCAGCCCUGCUGUGGACGGUAUCCAGCCACAUGGACUUGGUAUAAGGAAGCAACACCCUGUGUUCCAACCACUGUUCUUCCUCCUCACGCUGUCAGUACUGAAACUAGGUGGUGCAGUGAAAAAAAGAGACCUGGGGUUGGCAAGAAAGUGAUGAUCUCUUGUCUAGCAGGUGCAGCCUGUUUUUUGUGUUCUUUUUUUGCCCGGUUUUUCCAGAAGGAAGUUAGCAGGAAGGGAAAGACUGAAAUGUUCAGCUCUGUCUUGCCCCUUUCUCCAAAGUGGUUUCCAAGAUGCAAGCUGACUGCAGGUGGGGGAGGGACAGGCUCCUUGUUUGAAACUGUUUAGGAAGCCUUAAGGCUGAAGUGUUGGCCAUGCUUUAAGUAAACCUGCUAGAAGUCUCCCUUACUUGGUUUAUUUGGCUGUCCCAGACUAUUUGCCUCGUCCUGAACUAAUUUCAGUUCUUGUUUAUGUACUGGAAAAGCUUCUAGGCUGCCACUUAAAAAAUAAUAAUACACCAACCCUUAACAUCCUUCAUGUUAGGUCAACACUUUGCCCAUACCUGAAUGCUGGUUACUGCCUUCUUCUUUACCUAACUUGGCCUUGCUCUAGAAAUCUUUUGCUCUUGUACAUACGUGGUUCAACCACUUUUCUAAUUGUUUUCUACAGCUACUGACCAUACUUCCUUCUUUAACCUACAAGGCUUGCCUACUUCGCAAUUAUUCACUCAACUGUUCUGCAGUUCAACACUUAAGUAAUUUUGAUGCAAUAUCUAUGUAACAUUCAAUCUUCUUUCCCUAUUUCAUACCAGAUUGUUUCUCCAGAUAGUAAGUCUGGAGGUACUGGUUUUAUUUUUGUAUAUUGCCCAAUGUGCAGGUAUUUAACAAAUCAUAAUCUGGCUAACCUGUGCUAUUAUAACCUCUUGUAUAGCUUAAAUCUCCAGUCUUGUUUUCACUCUCCUUUUUUCAGCCCCAAAGUUCACUUUUACUUAAUAGAAAACUUUAAAACAACAACUUGCAAUGAUUGAGUAGCCAUCUGCCAAAAUGUCUUUAAAAAUUACUGAACAGAGUAUACUUUAGUCCAUGGGUUCAGUGAACUUGAGAUUUUUUACUGAUGGAUUUGUGCAUGUUCCACUUCUCACAAAUAACACCGUGUGUUACCUGAGGAACUGCAUAUGUGUACCUACUGUAUUGGCCCAAACAUAAGCCACACUUUUUUUUUCCAAAUUCUAACCGUGAAAAGCUAAAGUGUGACUUAAAUCCGCGACCUUACAAAAAUUGGCUUUUACGAUAUCGCUGCUGAAACAAACAUACAGUAAAACGGAUCGGGUAUGAGUGCCUGCGAAAUUUUAAGGGAGCAGCUUAUAUUUGGGUUAUUGUCUUUUUUCUUUUCCGCCCUUGAAUUUUAAAGGUGCGACUUAUUUGCGGGUGUGGCUUAUAUUCGGGCCAAUACGGUAUGUGCAUUGCUUUCUGCUCUCAACACCUGAAACUUAGGAGCUCAGUUAUGUCCAAGGUUUGGGAUCUUCCCAUUUUAUUUUAUUUUUUGCUGUAUGUUGCUGCUUCUUAAGUAUUUUUUAAAAAUUUUCUCAUUACACUGAGAUAGUUUUGUCCGUUCUUUCUGCUUUAAUUAGUCCAGCCUUGAAAGACACAGCUAAUGCCCAAAGUAUAUCUGUAAUUAAAUUUCUUUAAAUAAAAGGAAACAUACCAUCAUCUCCACAUAUGGAAGGCAUCCUUUCCCCCCCCCCCCUUUUAUGAGGUUCCUUUCAAGUGGCUCAGCACCCCGGCAAAUUAACUCCUGUACAGUGCUACCUCGGGUUAAGUACUUAAUUCGUUCCAGAGGUCCGUUCUUAACCUAAAACUGUUCUUAACCUGAAGCACCACUAGCUAAUGGGGCCUCCUGCUGCUGCCGCGCCGCUGGAGCACAAUUUCUGUUCUCAUCCUGAAGCAAAGUUCUUAACCUGAAGCACUAUUUCUGGGUUAGUGGAGUCUGUAACCUGAAGCGUAUGUAACCUGAAGCGUAUGUAACUCGAGGUACCACUGUAUACUAAAUACUCAGGAUAGUUAUAUGCUUAUGGUGUUAAUUGGGAAGAUCACACGAAGCCAACAUUGUCACUAAUGCGAAGGUUUUUAUAAUGCUGUAAUAGCAUUAAUAUUUACAGAUAUUUCCCUUUUCUUUUGGGCACUUUAAGAGAAGUGAGGGUUUCAAGAUUAUUUGCUGUCUGGCAGCGGCUUUGAAUGUGAGGCCAAGCAGUUACAGAGGUGCUUUUUCUUCAGACAGGAAUCAACACAUUUUGGAUAGGUUUGGCAGCAGUCAUUGUUUCUUGUGACAAGUGGUGCUUGGCUGGCUGUGUGUGUGCCAUAGAUGUAAAGUAACAGCAUCAUUUUUCUACCUGCAGCUUGGUGAAAGGGUUUAAUGGGGAAUGAGUAAUGGGCUGUGUGUUUAUGUGUAUGACAACCUUUCCCCUGUAUCCCUGGACACAGAUGGUGUAUCAUGGUGCAAAAUAUAGUAUGACACCAUUUUGAAAGAGGUACUGUCUUCUCCUUGUGUUGCUAGCAGGUUUCAAAAAUGUACAGUGGUACCUCAGGUUAAGUACUUAAUUCGCUCCAGAGGUCUGUACUUAACCUGAAACUGUUCUUAACCUGAAGCACCACUUUAGCUAAUGGGGCCUCCUGCUGCUGCCACGCCGCCGGAGCACGAUUUCUGUUCUCAUCCUGAAGCAAAGUUCUUAACCUGAAGCACUAUUUCUGGGUUAGUGGAGUCUGUAACCUGAAGCGUAUGUAACCUGAAGCGUAUGUAACUCGAGGUACCACUGUAUACUAAAUACUCAGGAUAGUUAUAUGCUUAUGGUGUUAAUUGGGAAGAUCACACGAAGCCAACAUUGUCACUAAUGCGAAGGUUUUUAUAAUGCUGUAAUAGCAUUAAUAUUUACAGAUAUUUCCCUUUUCUUUUGGGCACUUUAAGAGAAGUGAGGGUUUCAAGAUUAUUUGCUGUCUGGCAGCGGCUUUGAAUGUGAGGCCAAGCAGUUACAGAGGUGCUUUUUCUUCAGACAGGAAUCAACACAUUUUGGAUAGGUUUGGCAGCAGUCAUUGUUUCUUGUGACAAGUGGUGCUUGGCUGGCUGUGUGUGUGCCAUAGAUGUAAAGUAACAGCAUCAUUUUUCUACCUGCAGCUUGGUGAAAGGGUUUAAUGGGGAAUGAGUAAUGGGCUGUGUGUUUAUGUGUAUGACAACCUUUCCCCUGUAUCCCUGGACACAGAUGGUGUAUCAUGGUGCAAAAUAUAGUAUGACACCAUUUUGAAAGAGGUACUGUCUUCUCCUUGUGUUGCUAGCAGGUUUCAAAAAUGUACAGUGGUACCUCAGGUUAAGUACUUAAUUCGCUCCGGAGGUCUGUACUUAACCUGAAACUGUUCUUAACCUGAAGCACCACUUUAGCUAAUGGGGCCUCCUGCUGCUGCCAUGCCGCUGGAGCACGAUUUCUGUUCUCAUCCUGAAGCAAAGUUCUUAACCCGAGGUGCUAUUUCUGGGUUAACGGAGUCUGUAACCUGAAGCGUAUGUAACCCGAGAUACCACUGUAUUAUUAUUCUUGUGCAGUGUACUAGAUGCCGUGUCCUUGCUGGUUUUCAGAAUUAAGUUUAUGGCCGCCUCUGACAACUGUAUUUGCGAAUCCCUGACCUUCAGGGAAAUGGAACAUGGACAGGUGGCUAGGUGUUGUUAGCGCCACAGCUUGUCAGUGGUAGCAGUGUGUUUGCCUGCUCCAGAUUUUAAAUCUUGUCUAUAUGCUCCCGAAAUCGAGAACAAAGGGCUUAUUUAGUAAUGUUUCCUUUGAGGAAAUCUGUACAGCACUGAUAUUCAUCACUAAACAUUAUAAGCUGGAUUGCCAAUAUUAACUUGACUAUUAUCUACAUUUUGGGCGCAGUGUGUUCCCUUUCAUGAACACGACACUACUAAUUAAGAAGAAGAAACUACUCGCUUGGCUGUAGGAAUCUUUCCCACAAGACAAUAAUCAGACUCUUCUGACAAGAGAGCAGCUGUCUCAUGCUUCAAACAAAAUGAAAUGCUCACUACAAACACAUCCUUCCUCAACUUCCUCUUUUAUGCACCAGAAAUAGCGCUGUGGUAGCAGGAGGCUUGUAAAAUAUCAAUUUAUAGAGGAGUGUUACUAGUGUUGCUCUAGGAAGAACUGCAAUUCAAAUGCAUUAAGAUUUUUUUUUAAAUUCCAUGCUAGCAUACUAUUAGAGUAAUUGUUGCUGGUCUAACAAUUCCUUGGAUUAUGUGGCUGGUGUCCUUGUCCAGGAAAUAAAGAAUUAAAUUAUUAAGCUCUUCCUUUUCAUCAGUUUGGCAAGCAGUUACAUUAGGAUUUGGAAGAUGUAGGGAUGAAUAAAGAUUUUACUGUGUGCAUUUUUUUUAACUAUACAGUCUUUAGAUGUGCUUCUUUCUGGUCUUUCUGCUAACCAUUUUAGCAGUUUUGAGGUUAUCUGUUCACCUACAAAUCUGCAGAGUAAUUGGUCCUUUCAAAUUUCCUGAAAUCGGUUGAUGUUAUUUCUAAACUUUCUCAUCGUAGAAAGAGAAUGUACUGACUGUUACUUUAAAUUGGGCAGACCUGAAUGAAGGCUAAAUUCAAGUGAGUCAAAGUAAACUCCCUCUAUGCUUUAAUGUAAUACAAUGCAAUCUUCAGUUUCCAAGGAAAGAACUAGUUCUUGAAGUCAAUUCAACAGUGUUUCAGGUUAGCUGUGAAUGUUGACAUUGAAUUUAUAAGAUUUAUAAGAUGAGAAAGUACACACAUUUUUACAAAUCAGCUAUGUCUAGAUUUCCAAAUCUGUUUAUUUAAUAUGUCUAAUAGAACUAGUUUUGACAUUCCCUAUUAUUUUGUCAGAUUACCUCUUUUUAAAACAUGCUCUAAGAUCUGAAGCAUCCAAAAACAAUUUUGUUUGGGUACAGUCGUACCUUGGUUUUCAAACAGCUUAGUUCUCAAACGUUUUGGCUCCCGAAUGCCGCAAGCCCAGAAGUGACUGUUCUGGUUUGCGAACUAAUUUUGGAAGCCAAACGUCCGACGGGGUUUCCGCAGCUUCCUAGUGGCUGCAGGAAGCCACGUUUUGGUUUCCGAAUGUUUUGGAAGUCAAACGGACUUCCAGAACGGAUUCCGUUCGACUUCCAAGAUAUGACUGUACUUCCAAUUAAGUGCAUUGGAAGUUGCCUCAAUAGUAAAGAUUAAAAACACAAAUAACAAGAAUAGAAAUAAAUUCAGAAACAUACUGAGAUCAUUUCAGAAGCCAUUUCAGAAGAGGACAGUAUUUUCAUUUCAGCCAACCAGAAUAUUGUCCCCUAUUUUUGGAAUAUAAAAGCAUUUUAUCUUCCCCAAAAUGUGGGUCAGACAUUUCAUAUUCCACCUUCCUAGUAGCAAUUGAUACAAUCUGCAUAGUAGCCAACAAAGCCUCAUGUGAAUGUCUGCCACCUCUUCUCACGUUCAGCCUUGAGGUUGUGACCAGAUGCAGACUCUGUGACUUCAGCAUGAGCCACCUCUGUUCUGCCUGCUCACCCAUCCACCCCACCUACCCACUGUUUGACAUUGGGCUUGAAGAAAGUUUGCAUGUUGCUUUGCAGCGUUUGGGUUGGCCUAACAAAGGUAUUGCCCAGUAUGGAUUUUGAAAUCUUUAUUAUGACCGCUUUUGCUUGAGGUGAUGCUAAGAUUAUGAUUUUUCAGUGAAAUAAAUUGCCCAAUACUGUUCUUAUCGGACUUAUCACUUCACAGCUUCAUGAUGGGGUAGUCUGGGAGGACACCAUAGAGUGGACUAGAGAGGAAACAUGAAUCUUUGCUGCUUAUCCAACCCUUCCUCUCUAGAUCAUGCACCAGCCGCUUUCAUUUCUUUCUGAUAUACACUAUCUUAAUCAAAAAGUGAGGUCUGUAACAAAACCAUGGUUAAUUGUUGAGUUGUGUCAGUGAAGGCAACUACAAAUGCUAUUUCCCAUGUAGUGUUAAUGGUUUGUUCCACCCAGCAUGGCAAGAGGAGGAGAUGGAAGCAAUUUGAGCACUGUAGACCAGCAUGCUUGCUUGUUCCCAGCAAGACAUAGUUUAUUUAACUCUGACUUACAGUUAUAUGUGAACGAGGCCAUGGUCGCCCAAAUGGCCGUGUUUUUCCUUUUUAGUGCUCUAUCAAGUCUGCUGUCAUUUGUGUUGCAGUGUGUGUGUGUCUUGUAGUCCUUUUCUCUUGAGUUCUUGCCAUAUUAACAUGGUCAGUGUUUCUAGGAUAUGUGUAUAUCUAGCUUAUCUGCCAACUUUUUAUUCUACUCUGUGUCGUAUGAUAAAAUAACUGUCCUUCCUGUUGGAUAGUCACCAUAAUUCAGUUAAAAUCUUUAUUGAAAGCAGAUGAUAAAAAAAAAAUCAUUCAGUUAUAGCUGGUUCUGUUGUGCCUUUAUUUUCUGUAGAGAUCAUAGAGGAUAUAUGACUCAAGUAGUCUGGACAGUUUCAAAUAUUUGAACUCUGUGACAGGAUGUCUUCCAGGCAUUCUUUGUGGCCUAUAUAAGCAAGAUUUCUAUGAGCAGAGGUAUAUUCUGCUAUUUAGGAGAGUGCAUUUCUUAUUGAGUGAUAUUGCACAACUUGUGGUCAGCUUGAAUUCCCUGGACUUUUCCAGUGCAAAAAUGGUUGCUGGCACUGACUCACAAGAAAUGUCAGCUAGAUGCAUGCUGAGGAUCUUAAUGGGUUUUGUUUUUUUUUGCCUAUUAUGAAAGAAUGAUUUUGAAACAAGGACUUCCUAAUCCUCCAGUAGAAAGCUAUUGCUUCUUUCUCCUGAAAAGAGGACAAACAAGUGUGGUCCUAUUAUAACGAACUCUGUUGGAAAGCUACCAUUAUGCCAUUUGCUUCAAAGUCAAAUACAGGAACCUUUUUACACUUUUUUUUAAAAAAAAAAACAACCAAACACUUUGUGAUGGAAAGCUUUGCUAUCGGCUGUCUUCUCUACCUGGGUCAGUGCAUUUGGUUGAUUCUUGAUAGACAGGAUAUUACCACUGUGCUGUUCGGCUGCUAAAGGGUUUAUUCUCAACAUCAGUGUGCUUUUCUCAUAAUACUGUUUGAUAUUUUAUAUGAAAACAAAACUAUUUGCACUCUAAAGCAAUGGCCAGUGUUUUAAUCAAUUUUUUGUUGCACAAGAUCUUGUGAUGAGCAGGAUUAUUUGUAGGAGAGCAGAGUUUAUAAGGGAGGCAGCAUAAUACAGUAAUCUCUUCAUACAUGGGUUACAUCGAUGAAACAAUUUAAAUUUCUAAACCCUUGAGCAGUAUUUUUUAAAAAACCAAAAAACUGUAGCCAUAUUUUCAACUGAGCAAGAACUGAAGAGACAGCAAGAUUAGCAGGCAUAGUGGAUUCAUUCAAAAUCACAUUUGUGAUCCUCCAAACAUAAUUCAAAGAGACUUAACGGUGACCUUGAGUGAUUUGAUUCUGGUUUGGAGACGUCACUCAAACCACAGUUUGGUGGUUCAGAUGUCAUGACAAACUGGUUUGAUGAAACCAGGAAGACGUCUGUUUAGGGACAUGAGAGGAAAUAAGUGCUUUAGUUUGUGAUCGUUUGAAUAUGUCCAAAGCAUUAGGCUGUGACGCAAAAGCCCCCUUUCUGGAAUUAAGUUAGUAUGUGCUGAAUUUUCAAAGUGAACUGCUUCUCUUUGUUACUUGGGUGUAGCAAACAGGGGGGAGUUUCUAUUUUUUAUGGAAAGAAAAUGUUUCACAAUAACAGUUGUGGAUUUUUUUUACCAGUUUUUAGUGACCCUCUAAUAUUUUUAACAUAACUGAUCGUUGUGGUUAUCCACUUAUAAAGAAACAUUAGGAAGGUUGUUGAGCAUAAGUGUGUUCUGAAAUAACGUCAUAUAAUCUUCAAAACAUACAAAGCGUUCACCUUUAAAAUGCUGCUUUUUUGUCUUUUUUAGAUGGAACAGCUAUCAGAUGAAGAACUUGAUCAUGGCGCGGAAGAAGAUAGCGAUAAAGAAGAUCAGGAUCUGGACAAGAUGUUUGGAGCUUGGCUUGGGGAGUUAGACAAACUCACACAGGUUAAAGUCAACUUUAUACCACUCUCCACAGUGAAGGAGAUCAGCAUUUAUAGAGUAAAGUAGAUUGGUCGUUGACUGUAUGAGCCAUAUCAGCAGGGAACGGGUAGCAUUUGUAAUGUGAUAAUAGUUCCUCGCUGACAGGUAGCAGAACUGUCUAUUGAUCUGUCAGAUGCACAGCCACAUUUUGCUGUAUAAUGCAGUAAUAUUGCUGUGGUCUAAACCACUGAGCCUCUUGGGCUUGCCGAUCAGAAGGUUGGCGGUUCAAAUCCAUGCAGCAGGGUGAGCUCCUGUUUCUCUGUCCCAGCUCCUGCCAACCUAGGAGUUCGAAAGCACACUAGUGCAAGUAGGUUAAUAGGUACCGCUGUGGCGGGAAGGUAAAUGGCGUUUCCAUGCACUUUGGUUUCUGUCACGGUGUUCCGUUGUACCAGAAGCGGUUUAGUCAUACUGGCUACAUGACCCGGAAAGCUGUCUGCGGACAAACGCCGGCUCUUACGGCCUGAAAGCAAGGUGACCCAUAGUCACCUUUGACUGGACUUAACUGUCCAGGGGUCCUUUACCUUUACCUUAUUGCCAUAUGACUAAGGACUUGAUGCAGAAGAUGGUAGGAUUAUGUGUUUGAAAAGUUUUAACUUGUUUAGGAAAUCUGUGAUAUUAGAAUUCUGUUAAGUUCCUUGCUUGCUUCUGAUAAAUAGCAGAAAGUGGGGAGCAUACAAAAAGACAACUAAAACAAUGCUUAAAACUAAAAUUAAGUUGUUGGGGUUUUUUUAAUUGGAAUUUAUGCAUAGAAACACUAAUCAGCCUGACUAGUGUUGUUAUUUUGCUGAGUUGGUAGUGCAGAGAUUUUGUUUUUCUCCAUCGUCCAUGCCAUCUAAAAUCGGAAUGUCUGCAAUUGCUGUAUGUAAUGAUAGCUUUAGCAGAACCCAAGAUUUGUAAGCAUGCAAACAUGCUUAUAAUUUUACAAGUGCAUCAUUAGUUUUGGGCCGCUGUCAUACAUCGAAUGUCUAUAUUCCAUGUCCAUGCAACUUAUUAUUAUUUAUUGGAUUUAAUACCCAGUUGUCCCCCUAAGAUCCCACGGUGGGUCACAGCAAUGUAAAAUACAACUUUAAAACUAGUUUGAUUACAGUCACAAGAAUAGGGUGGGUCCUGAAAAUAUACACUUCAUGUGUCAAAGGCCAGGGUAAAGAGUUGAGCAUACAACAAAAACUGUACAGUGUAGGUGUCGUGUGCACCUUGGUGGGGAGGGAAUUCCACAAUGUAGGGGCUGACAGAGAGAAUGCCCUGUCCCACGUCACCAACACCUCAAGCUUUAUAGGGCAGUGGAACUAUCAAGAGGGUGCCCCCUGCUGAUCUUAAGCAGAGGUGGUCUCUCAGAUAUUUGAGGACUAAGUUUGCUAUAGUUUUAAACAUUAGUGUGAACACCUUCACUUAUGCCCAGAAACUGACUGGCAACAAAUGCACCUGUUUUCAAACUGUUAUAUGAACACUAUACAGGCUAAAAUGUCUUACACUGCCACGUAAAACUGAAAUAGUUAAGGCACACAAACAGUUGUGUAUUUGGCAAAUAGAUCUUAGUGCCAUCAAAUGUUGGUAGCCUUUUUUUUCCUGUUGAACAUAUGUAAAGGGGGGAAACAAGAUUUUAAAAUAGCACAGAUACAAAAGCAAUAUAUUUGCCCAUGUUUGACUAUGCUGAUUUAUGUUUUACAAUGUUGUAGCUUAUUCCACCUCCAAUUUGUUCUAUUUAGAGUCUGGAUACAGAUAAGCCCAUGGAGCCAGUGAAAAGAUCCCCUCUUCGCCAGGAGACUAAUAUUGCCAACUUCUCCUAUCGCUUUUCAAUGUACAAUUUAAAUGGUAAGAUGCAUUAUGAAAUCAUUUUCAGCUGGAGGAGAUGGGGAAAUGCUUAAAACUUAGAAUUCUUCUAAUAAUAGAAAACAUUGUGUGUAUCAGAAUGGGACCUGUUUAUAAAAGACACUUAAAGUGACUUUUAGUGGGCACAAAAUCCAUUUGGCUCCUCCCCCCCCCAAAGAAUCUUACUAUUGAAUGAAGCGUUGGACUUGGAAUGGAUGAACUUGUUAAACAUUCCAGUAAAGCUGGAUGUUGGAAGAUUCAGGACAAACAGAAGAAAGGGCUUCCUUACACACUACGCAGUUAAACUCUGGAAGAAUUGAUGGACACCAACUUGGAUGGCUUUGGAAGAUGAUUAGACAAAUUUCUGGAGGAAAAGGCUAUCAGUGACUACUAACCACAUGAUGGCUAUUUUCUGCCUCCAUUGUUGACGGCAAUAUACCUUUGAAUUGCAGAUGUGGAAAGUGCUGUAUUGCUCAGGUUCUACUUUUGAGCUUUCUAUAGGCACCCGAUUGUCCACUUUGAGAACAGGAUGCCAAACUAGAUGGGCCUUGGAACUGAUUCAACAGGUUCCUUUUGUUUUCUUAAGAAAUGCUGACUCUACGGUCCAAACCCUGUUGCAAAAUUUAUAAAAUGCAAAUUGUAAUGUCACUAUAAUGAGAGUGACUAGGACAACAAAAUGGUACAUAAGCUGAAACCUAGUAAGAUGUAAAUCUAAAUAUAAUUUUGAAUUACACGUAUCAUGUACUACUUUUCUCUUACGUUUUAACGAUUUAAAUGCGUUUAUUGCAAUUUGUGCUGCUUUUAGGCUGUAAAUUCUUCCAAGGCAGCUUACAGGAAACAUUAAAUUAUAUUUUAAAACCGCAAUAAACAAUAUUGACAAUUUCAAUAUAGGGCAAGUUGGUGGUAGAAUUGAAUGUGUUCUAGGGCACACUCUGUUUAAGGGAGCCAAUAGUGAGAGUCAAUAGACCCUGCUACUGCCCUAUGUUUACACUCUAGAACUGGAGUCUUCCAGAGCCUAUGCACAUGGCCAAUUGGGUCAGUGGAAGUUGUCCACAACUUCUGAAGUGCACCAUAUUGACUAUUCCUGCCCUCAAACAUGCCCCCAGAACACAGUGCAGACAUCCAGUUUCUAUACAUACAUACAUACAUACAUACAUACAUACAUAAAUACAUAGUCAUUUUAUUUGUAUGCCACCGUUUCAUAGUUUAAACCAUGCUCAAGGCGGCUUACAACAUAAAAAAUACAUAAUUGCAACAUAACAAAAGUAAACAAUAAAACAUAAAAAAUACACAAAUAAGUCAAUCUGGAAAGGGGAGAAAACUUGAAAAUUCCUGCUGUAGGCUGACCAAAUAAAUUAGAUAUCAAAACAGUGGAAUGUUUAACAGAGUAUUGUGAUAGAAUCUGGAUCAUAUUUUUGUCAUUCAUUGCAGAAGCCUUGAAUCAGGGAGAAACCGUGGAUCUUGAUGCGCUCAUGGCAGACCUUUGUUCCAUUGAGCAGGAGCUCAGCAGCAUCGGGUCACAGUCUGCAAACAGUAUGUCAAUGAAACGCUUUGCCACAGAAGGAAAAAUGGCUCAGAAACCAGCUGGUGGUGGACGACUCGCUGCUAAACACAGUAGUAUGAAAGGAUUGUCCUCUUCGUCAUCUAGCCGGGUGACAAAGCCUUCACAUGCUAUCUUCUCCCUGGAUGACAUUACGGCACAAUUAGAGAAGGCAUCUCUGAGUAUGGAUGAAGCGGCCCAGCAACCUAUAAUGGAAGAUAGCAAGCCUAUAGUUGCCACCCAGCAUAGGAGGACAGCCUCAGCAGGUACUGUGAGUGAUGCUGAAGUCCGUUCUAUCAGCAAUUCCUCCCGUUCCAGCAUCACAUCUGCAGCCUCCAGUAUGGACUCCUUGGACAUUGAUAAAGUGACAAGACCUCAAGAACUAGAUUUGACUCAACAAGGACAGCCAGUUAGUGAGGUACAGUAUAACUCAUUCUUCACAGUUACUCAGGCUUCAAAAAUGCAACUCAUUAGCCUGCCUCGGUGCUUUUUUGUAAAACAUGUUUUAAUAAACAUCAUGCAUUGGGCUAAGCAAGAAUUACUCAUUUUAAAUAUUUCCUAGAGAAAAUUGGUACUUUCCUGUCUUUCUUGGACAUCUUCCUUUCACGUGCAUAUUCUGUAAUGAAGUACUAAGCCACUUGUUUAAUUGCUCAGAGUAUGAUGUCAAGGUGACAGAAUCUGUAUUGAUUCUCUGGGCAAAAUGAGUCCUUUUUAAACAGCAAUCUUAUAGCAUCACUGCAGAGGGAAUCAGGAGCGGCGGCGGUUUUGCUCGCGAUAGACCAUUGGGUGAAGCUGCCAUCGCGGUCUUGAUCGCUGUAUUCUACCUCCAGUAUCAGAGUAGGAUUCUGAAUUCCAUUUGCUGUUUCACCCACUAUGGGCUAGACCAAGCAGGCCUUUGGUCUGAACUUGCAGGGCUCUUCUGUUCACAAACCGUCACCUGUCUGAUGCUUCUUGAACUUCAGACAAUAUAGCAUUUUUGCUCCAUCUCCUGGGGAAGGAGAAUCCUAGUAGCUCUGCUCUACUUUACAUAAAACAUGGCUUGAAGAAAACCUAAGAGCCAUCAAUAUCAUCUGUAAUUAAAGGGAAGAGCAAGACAAUGACUGACGGGUGAAAUGCCAUAUUUGUUUGUUCCUAAUCCGUGAGGCUUUGCAAUGAAGCAGUAAUAUAAGGAAGGAUAAAAACCAUUGAGAGGAAAUGGCUCAAUAAAACAUCAUUCAUACCUGCCUAGAACAUCCAGUCUCUUGCUUGGUGAGAUGGCAAUCAUAUCUGAUCCUUAACAUUCUCAGUUAAUAGUUUGCAAAUGAAUUUUGAAGCCUUCCAUGUGGUCUUUGACAACUCUAUGUAAUUAUGAUAGAUAAAAGUAAUUGACUGAGGGCAUUUGCCUAAGGAUCAGUCCAUUUGAAGAUGUAGAUACAGGCUAAAAAGAAAAGUAUGUAUUUAAGAGAUUUCAAAACUACCGUUAAUAUCAUGUUCCCGAAUUAGUCUGAAAUAAAUACAGAAAACCACGUUCCGUUAAAUUCAGUAGCUGAACAUGUUAACUUAUCGGCACAGUUGAAUUUCUCAUGUAACUUUAUAUAAAGAAUCUGUCUUCCACUCUUAGAUUAGUGAUAAUUGUCAAGCACUUCACUUGUGUUCUUGUUUAGAAGUCUGUAGGGGCAGUGUCUUUUUGAGUGGGGAAAAGCUUCUCCUGUGUACAAAAAUUCGAAAUUACUCUUUUUCUUUCUCCAGUAACUUGUGGAAAUAAAGUAAUAUGAGAAUGUCUUCCAUAAGAACCAUUUCCAGAGGGAUAGCCAUGCCUCUGUAUGCAUGCAGAAACAACAUGGUCUAAUAGCAAGACCACAAAUAUGACACGAGGCUUCAUGUACUAGAGUCCUCUUCAUCAGGUGCUGAACUCUAGUUCUUGUCCACAAAUAAUUAUGCCAUAAUAUAUUUGUUAGUCUUGCCAUAACAAUCUGCUGUUUUAUUUCUAUCAUAUAUAUUCAGUCUUCUUUAAAUGACUUCGAGUCAUGAUGUUAGCCCAGUUUGUUUCUGAGUUUGUCAUGGACUGUUAGGAACAUACAGCUUACUGAGACUGUUUUGGCAAUUUGCUUCGGUAGAACGCGUUUUGAAAAUGUUGCUGUUUCACAUUAGAUGAAAAGCUGUGUAUGCCAGGCCAUCCCCUGCUCAAAGCACGGGGAUCUACUUCCAUUCAGUACUGUCUUCUUCAAUAUUGGUGCUUUACAGAAUUCCAUACAACAUCAUGUAUGAGAAAAAUCUUGUUAAGGGCACUUCAGGACAGGGUUGAGAACCUUCAACUCUUAUCAGUCUCGGCCAGCAUAGGCAGUGGUCAUGGAUGAUGGGAAUUAUGACACCACCCCCACCCCCCAGAUUAUGUUGGGGCUAUAGCUUCCACAGUCACUGCUCCAGGAAGACUAGUCAAGAGAUUGGUUGUAGCUUCUCAGAACAAAUGCUUGAUAUGUAGAAGGUCUAGAUUUGACCCCAUCCUCUCCAGGUAGAGCUGAGAAAGACUGCUACCUGAAAUUUUGGAUAUCCACAGCCAUCAUAAGUAGAUAGUAGUGAAGUAGAUGAAUCGGUCUAACUUAUAUCCUGUGAUAGAAAAGGCCCCAGGUGAAUUUAUUUCAUAAUUUUGGCUGAGAGAAAUGCAUUAUCCUCCAUCAAGAACAAAGCUCCCCUGUUUUGCAGGCCUAUUUUGCUCUCCUCUGCUAUUCCCUUUUGUUCUUCCUUUGACUCAGAAUUCCUCUUGGCUGUUUCCACUUCGUAUCAUGUGAUGCAAAGCUCUAUUUUAUUCCCACCACUGCAAGGUCCCAUUAACUUUUAAUUGGUAGAGUUCUCCUGUGCCAAAAUCCAUGCAUGGUGCUGGAAAUUAGUCUAUGCAGAUCUGCUUACUUUGCAUAUUUACUCAAUUUGCAUGCUGCAUUUUGAAUCGGAUGUUUGAGAUUUUGCAGAAUUUUUUACUUUAGAGCAUGUUGUAGUAUGACAUCUAUUUGUGGGAUAGAGAUCAGUAGGCAAGGAAGCAUAGAUAGAGAUAAUGUCCUGUCCUUUUUGAUGAUGCAUUUGAAAGGCAGGGUCAAGUAAUUUUCAGGGAUUCAGAUUCCAUUUUAAUCACCAGUGUUGCAAAAAGACAAACAGUCUUGUCUAUGAAGAGAUCUUCCACUUUGCUAUGUUGCUAUCAGUGGACUCCAAAAGGCUGGUUUGCAAAAAGGUGUUUCAACUACAGUUGUUAGUUAAAAGUCCUAUAGGCACAGGAUAAAGUCUGCUUCACAGCAUGGUAGUAAUUGGCUUGAGAGGAGGCAGUAUUCUACCUCUCAAAAUACUACAUUUUGAAUAUGCGUGAAGUUUUGAAACUGUCUUCAUUAUUGUUGUUUAGCAUCAGCAGUGAUUUAUUUAUUUUGUUAAUUUAUAAUAAACUAGCAGAGAGGAAUUUUGAUCAGUAACGAUCUUGAAAUAUUAGUUUGGCUCACAGCUUUGUUGGCAGCAUAAAUAUCAGCAGUUUAGCAUCUGUUAUUUUUGGAACAAAAAGAAAAGAAAAGCUUCACUCUUCUAUUGGAACAACUUCAGUGGAAAUACUCAAAGUAGCAUACCAGUUUGCAAUAAGAGUCUUUAUAUAUGCACUACAAAUUUCAAAUGAAGGAAGUGUUCAUCCUAAAUGUGUUGUACAUAAGUUCCGUCUCAACAUUCCUUUCACAUAAUAUGCUACAGCUAUAAGAUUACUGGAGGAACUCUUAUAUGGAGGGAAAUUGAUUUGAAUUUCCCUUCCUACUCUCAAGAACAAUACAAUCUAUUUAAAAUGUGUGAUUUUGUUCAUAUGUAGAUUAUGUGUCCCAAAUUAAAUAUGGCUUCCACUACCAUUUUAAAAAAUGGUUUAUGAAGGAUGUUGAAGGCAGAUCUGAUCCAUUGGUUCCUUUCCCUUUGGGAGUUGGCUCGUGAUUUGCUGCUAUUUUAAAAAAGUCAAAAACAGUGGUGAGGAAAACUAAAAGGGAGACGUUUUAUAUAAGACCUACUACACCUCUUGUAUUAGUGUGUUGGCCCUUAUUUGCAGUUGAGUAGUCAAUAGUAUAUUGCAGAAGAUGCAUAGAUGCUUUAUGGGUUUCUUUUUGUUAAAUUCUCUUCCACAGCAGGACACUAGGGCAGCUUUAGGAGGGGUGAAACAUUAGAGCCUUCAAAAAAUAGCAAAUUGCUAUUUGAUAUUCUCCAUUAUUUUCCUCCACCCCCAUUUAUACACGGUAUAUUGGUUCAUAGGCCACAGCCAAAUACUUAAUACGAAUAAGCCUCUAUGAACCCAUUUAAAUCCCAUGGCUUGCACACUUCCCCUUCCUCCCUCUUCCCUUCUGCAUGAGCAGGAGGGGAGGACCUCUGUUGAAUUUAGUGUUGCUUUCAAAGAAUCGCAGUUUAGCUUUGUGAAUGAAGCAGGGAUCCUGAUUUAAAACACAAACAGCACUCGGUUUCUAAACAGGUUAAUUCAAGCCAUGGGUUAUGAAGCUGGCUUAUUUAAUUAACUAUUACCUGUUUGAAACGAAUGCCUCGUUUUAUCAUUGCAUAUGAACCUGGCCAUAACCUGUGGGAGCAAAAAAGCAGAAUGGAAUAUAGCAAUAGUCUGGAAACCACCAUGGAUGCUGCAGAGAUUCCCCACCCCCUUAUUUAUCUGCUCAGAAUCGCUAAUUAUCAAACUCUCUAUAGCUUGACUUGGUAAACAGAAUGUGAUGGAUAUUUCUCAGCUGUUCCAUAAGUAGUCAGCAGAAUAAUUUUAAACAAGUGGUAAUCCUUGUGGUGACCUCACAACAUUGGUGUUGCUUCAGUUUACCUGGACAGGACAGGGUGAAAGUGAGGUUCUGUCAGUAUAUUCAUCCCCAUUCUGGUAAGAUGCAGGGACUUUGUUUUCAGGAUGGUGUCUCGGUGGCACCAUCCAACCACAUCACAGGUACUGCUUUAACCAAUUACUUCCACAACAUACCUAGAAACUAACAGUUCUUCUCAAAACAGAAAUUGCAAAUGGAGCAUUCUGUGGCCAUCAACUGUAGUAAAAUAUAAAUCACAUAAGUGCAAAUCUAUUUAUUAUUUUAAAAUUUGUGUCCCAUAUAUCUAUAUAAAGGUAAAGGGACCCCUGACCAUUAGGUCCAGUCGUGGUCAACUCUGGGGUUGCGGCGCUCAUCUCGCUUUAUUGGCUGAGGGAGCCGGCGUACAGCUUCCGCGUCAUGUGGCCAGCAUGACUAAGCCGCUUCUGGCGAACCAGAGCAGCGCACUGAAACACCAUUUACCUUCCCGCCGGAGCGGUACCUAUUUAUCUACUUGCACUUUGACUGCUUUCAAACUGCUAGGUUGGCAGGAUCAGGGAUCGAGCAACGGGAGCUCACCCCAUCGCGGGGAUUCGAACCGCCGACCUUCUGAUUGGCAAGUCCUAGGCUCUGUGGUUUAACCCACAGCGCCACCCGUGUCCCUUAUAUAUAUAUCUAUAUAAUGGCACCCAAAUCAGAUAAAAACAAUAUAAAACAAACCUUUAAAAGAAAAGCAGUAUUUGAAACAAGCUGGUAAAAAGUGGACCACUCCAGCUAAAAAAAUUCACCUGCAGCAGCAGGUGGAAAACCUGUCUAAAUAAAAAGAGCUUUAUCCAUCAUCAGAAAGUCACCAGAAGGUGAUUUUCUGGUGUCAGAUAACUUACUUUUAUGUAGGCAGGUCUUACUCAGAAAGGAGUUACAAAACUAAUGUUUGUGCGUUUGGGGUAAGCUAUUAAUUGUUUGCAUUUGCUUUUUCUACAAAGCUAGCAAGCUCACAAAUAAUGGAGCUGACAAAUGCAUCUAAAAGCUAACACAGCUAUAAACAAUUUAGAAUCUGCUGCAGAAGUAGUGUAACACAGUAAAAACAUAGAGAAGCUGUAGUCUAAAAUAUUUGCAAAUUAAGUGAUACAUUCUGAUUUUUGAUGAUGCAUUUCUGUUGUAGCCUAAUACCAAACAAAUUCUUCAACACAGCAUUAGAACCCUAUGUUCUUUACACUCAGACCUAAAUACAGUGGUGCCUCGCAAGACGAAAUUAAUCCGUUCCGCGAGUGUCUUCGUCUAGCGGUUUUUUCGUCUUGCGAAGCAACCCUAUUAGCGGCUUAGCGCUAUUAGCGGUUUAGCGGCUAUUAAAGGCUUAGCGGCUUAGCUGCUAAAAGGCUAUUAGCGGCUUAGAAAAAGGGGGGGGAGCGGGAAAAAAUCUCAAGACUCGCAAGACAUUUUCGUCUUGCGAAGCAAGCCCAUAGGGAAAUUCGUCCUGCGAAGCAACUCAAAAACGGAAAACCCUUUCGUCUAGCGGGUUUUCCGCCUUGCAAGGCAUUCGUCUUGCGGGGCACCACUGUAUUUUAAUUGAAAUUCCCAUUUCCAAUCCAAUGCUAUAUACACAUUUACUCAGAAAUAAGUCUCACUGGCUGUGAAGGGACUUACUCCCAUUUGGUCUGUAGGAUUGCCAACAUUUUAUCUUAAAACUUGAAAGGCGUUGUAAAAGAUAGCACCAGCUUACACCAGUGAGAUAAUAGUUUUCUCCACAAUUUGACUACUCUCCUGUUGGUAUCAGUCUGUCUCGAGACAAUGGAAGCGUUCUCUAUUGGAGACUUACAGUGCCUGCUGUGGCUGUUUUACAGACCAAUAUGGGAGAGGUGUGUUUUAUUGCAGCUGGGUCAGGUGAGGGCAUCUGAUUUUACUGGGACAGGUGCACCGUGGCAUUUCUUCUCUCUGUGGUCCUCCCAGCAGUAAUUUCUCCUCUGCUCACUGCUGUGGAUACACGACCUGACGGUUUCCAGCCAGUGUGUUCAUCUGCAAGGGAUUCCUACAAGGCAGGGUUUCUGUUUCCAGUCUUCAUGUCACAUUUGCAAACAUCUUUAUAACAAGUUGGUCUGCCAACUAAUCUGUCUCCAUAUAGACUGUAACUGCAAACUUGUUUAUUAGUAAAGCUGUGCAACAGGAGAAAAUACAUGCUUAUUUUCUCUGAAAUGGCUAAUCUCACAGGGUCUGCAAAGGUGCUCAAUGUUCAAUAUAUUUUAAUUCAUAUUGCCGCUCCUUGCCCCUGUCCUGCAUGUUAAUAAAUAGUUCCUUCCACCACCCCUUUCUCCUUUGCCCUUCCCCAUCCUUUUCCUCUGACAUUUUCACAGCAUAUUGUUUCUGUGGAACAUUCCAGCAAGCAAGCCAGACGUCGCAUUGACUUUUCUGAAGAAGAGGCUGAAUUGGCGCCUGUAAGUUCUUAGUGGGGUCCUUACCUGUGUGUCUGUGUGUGUUAGUUUCCUCAGUGUACAAUGUAUGAGAAAAUUUGCAGUGCUGACUCCAUUACAAGUUGCAUUUACAAAGCAGCAGUGUGGAAGAUGCAGCAUUCUGCAUCCAUUCUCAGAGUUGCAUCAUGCUGAUUCUUUUUAUAAAUCUGAUAAAUGUAUGCCCUGCCGCAUCAAAAUUAAACUUGAAAACGAUAAACAAGAAACAUUAAAACAUUCAAAAUAAAGCAGCAAAAUAAAGUCACAAACAGCGUGAAACCAGCAGGCAACGUUAAAACUAAAUGAAAAUCCUAGACAGCAGCAGGUAAAACAUUAAAACUACAGAGGCAGCAACAAGGAACUGAACUGAAAAGCCUGGACAAAUGAAAACCGGCCCCUAAAACUUCAAAGAGUUAGGUGCUUGAGCACACACAGGUAUAGAGAGAGCAUCCACACCUGAGGUGCUGCUCCUGAAAAAGGCUUGGGUCUUCUGGUGCCUGACAUCAGUAGAUGGGACACUUUGAGAAGGGGUCUAGAUCAGGCUUCCUCAAACUCGGCCCUCCAGAUGUUUUUGGCCUACAACUCCCAUGAUCCCUAGCUAGCAGGACCAGUGGUCAGGGAUGAUGGGAAUUGUAAUCUCAAAACAUCUGGAGGGCCGAGGUUGAAGAAGCCUGGUCUAGAUGAUGGGAAAGUUCAUAUUGGUGUAAGCAGUGCUUGAGAAAAUCUAUAAACCCCCAUAAGGUUUCAGGGUACAGUAAUACUAGGACUUCUAAUCUCAGUUAAAUCAACCACACUGAUGGUGUGAAUCAGAACUACUGUAGUGUUCUGGUUAAAAAAUCUGUAGAAACUUAGUACAAUAUCUUUGUCUUAGAAUCAAAUACAUGGGACAAAUUUGGACAAUAAUAUCUUAGCCUAAUAAUUGCUUGAACUUACCAAAAAAACAACUUUAAAGCUCUGAAUUAUAUCCCUAUCUGCUCUGUGCGAAUGUUUUGUAAUGCAGGACUAAAUAAAACAAUUGUGUCUUCAUUAAUUAUCAAUUGCACAAUAUUGCCACCUGCUGCCUAGAAUAGGCAUAAAAUUUAUUAUCUAAAUUUACUGCCUAUAUAAAUGACUAGAAUGCCUACACACACACACACACACACACACACACACACGCUAGCUGCAUACUAAGAUAGAAAGAGAUAUAUGUUUUGGAAAACCUUAUUCUCAGCUAGACCAGCGCUUUUAGGAUCAUCACUCUUGCUGUCGGCUAUUAUACAAUACUUUGAUGGUUAUAUGGUAGUUUUACAGUUGCAUGUAGAAGGAACUUCUUCAUAGAAAAGAAAAGCAUGUUCUGUUACAGUUUCGUCAGAGAUACGAUAAGAGAAUCUCAUGGUAGCAUAAUCUUUUGCAUGCCCGCUUAUGGUUGGGAUGGGAAAGCAGGUUGCUAACUGCUAUAGCAACGUUGUAUACCACUAUGAGAAUAUUUGGGUUGAGGGGUGAUUCUAAAAUGUAAUAAAUAAUUUCAAACUGGAUUUGACAAUUUCUGAAUUACACUUGUAACUGUGAAAACUAGAAACUUACUUUAAGCUAUAAGAAGCUGUUCUGUCUUGUGAGUAGGUAUUUGCAAUUUUAUAGAAAGGCUGCCUCUUACUGUUAAGUAUAAGAGGCUCUGUGUUUUUAAUCUGAAUUCUGUACCUGUGUCCAGCAACAUGAUGCACCAGCUACACAUACUUAAAAUAUCAUUUGAACCCUUCCGACUGAAUUUGCUAAGUUCAAUAGGCUUUGAGAGUUUUAAACUUCUUUUUAACAUCUCUGUUGUUCUAGUAGGAAGCCUUACCUUUUAAGGUAUAUUUUGUUUUCUUGUAUUAAACAAUAAUUUGGAUUAUUAUAAUAACACAUAUGCGGCUUACAUGCCAAAAUAGUUUCCAAGUGGUUUACAUAAAACCUUGCUUCAUAGAUUUCCAGGUGUCCAUGUAUGAAUUCCUUUUUGAAUGGGGUUCCAGGUCCCCCCAAAAAAGAUUAUGCAAGAAGACUCUUGUCUCAUAGGUGAUUAUUUUUCUGUGUAUUAGAAUAUCAUUCGGUAACAACAAAAGGAGAAUCCAUGUGAAGCAGGGAUUCAUUGGCCGGGGUGUCCAUAGUAUAAAAUCCGGCAUGGUGGUUGGCUGGCUUUUCUGUGUGCUUUGUAAAUGGAUAAAAUCUAUUGUAACAGGAUGCUGCUUCUGAUAGCACAUUGGCAGUCCACACUAUUUAUUUAUUUAUUUAUUUAAUCAAUCAGUCAAUCCGUUAGUUGCUUUAUCUUGCCCAAAGUAACCUGAAGCAACUGUCAGCCAAGCGACCAAUGUUAUAGCAUUUGUCUAAAAUAAUUUGCUCUUUGGGGUAGCAAUUUCUAAUGAGAAUAUUUAAUUUCAGCACUUGACACCAAGCCACAACCCAGUUUAAUAUGAGCUAUACGUAGCGCAAAACAAGCUGGCUUCAAUGAUUUCUGGCUUGCUUAAGCUAACAUAUUUGACCACAGUUACUGGUAGAAAUAAUACUGCAAGCUGUGAUUUUAAGUAGAAGUGAAUCCUUCUAAACGCCUCCCAUCUAUGUAUGCAGGCUAAACAUCCAAAACUCAUUUGUGAUACACAUUGCACUAAGCUAUGGUUUAGUGUGGCUUGUAAAAACAACUAUUGCCACUCUUACAUUGUUUUUCUCCUCAUUUCUCUGUCCUUCCUCCCCUCUUGCAAUGCUGUAGCUGAAUGGGACCCAGAAACUUAGUGCUAAUUGCAGUGGUCUGUGCAGGUGCCUGCCAGUUCUCCAGAUACUCCCACCCUUUUCUUGGUGAGGAAGGGACUGUCUUGUUCUAGCCAUUCCAGGGGUGGAUCUGCACCGGGGGGGGUGGGGCACGCUAUAAAUAAGUCAGAAAUUAGAUCGUUAUAACAAAUAAACUACAACAACAAUCUUUAUUACGGUCCAGAGACCCAACAAAUCAUUACAAAGCAAUACACAAUUCAUACAGCCUACCUCCAGGUUAAACAAGCAUUUUGUUCAGAAUAUAGGGAUCAUUGGUUCUUGCAACCACUGAUAAAAACUUUGCCACUGCUAAUGUUCUAGCAUUUGUCCAGUCUUCCAGUAGGAACCUGACAUAGUGAGCCUCUGAUUUUCCUGGGAAAGGUACCAGCAAGGGUAGUAUCAGUUCUGUCCUGGCUUGCUCAUAUUUUGCACAGUGCAACAAAAUAUGUUUUAUGGAAUCGAUGUCUUCAGCACACAAGCAAAGUCUGUCCUGGUAGGGAACUCCUCUCAACUUGCCAUCCAACACUGCAGAAGGAAAGACGUUAAGUAUGGCUUUGGUGAAAAGCCUUCGAUAGUUUGGUACUGUCACGUUUUUAAUGUAAGAUGUUAACAUGCCCAUAUUGUACUCCUACUGCCAGUGAACUACAGACUGCGUGUGAUCGACAAAUAAACAAAAAACCUACGGAAAAGCACAUAUAAAAAUUUCCUUCCCUCUGGCACCAUCUGGUGCUGCAUGUUUAUAGCACAUUCAGAUCGUUCUUUCUUUCCUAAUGUAGCUGAGUCUCAGGUUUCUAGAAGAGCACAGAACACCAGAACUCACUCUAUCCAAAACAUCUUAGCAUAGUUAAGAAACCAAAUGAAGCCAGAGGUGGUGAUAUGAUUAACAGUAGCAAAAUCAGAGACUGCACAUGAUUGAAAAAUCAUCCUCAGAGUCCUGCAGUGAAUAUUAUGAUUUUAAACAGUUGUAAGACACCUUGAAUGGUGCAUGGUCACUAGAAGAGUGAGUUAGAAUUUUAAAUAAAAUAGACUUUAGCCUUUGCUCUGUUCUAUGAAUCAAAAUAGUUUGACUAGGUUUAUGAAACAGAUUUAUUUUGUGUGCUCAAACCUCAUCUAGGCUUAGCUCAGUGUGUGCCCAGCAGCUACAGAUAAGGUUUACAUAACAACCACCUAAAUCUGUGAUUUAACUGCACUGACAAAAAACUGCAGCUAUGAUGGGAUCAAAGGAUUGUGAGGAUGAACCCUGUGUAUCUAUUGCAUUCAGUCACCUUUUACAGAAGAGGAACAUCUCACAAUCGGUUCUAGGUGAAUCCUACCAUACAGCAGGGACAACCCAAGGACUUGGAAGAGGUUUCCAUAAUAGUGUGGCAUAAUAAAGGUGAAAACAGUCAAAAAUGGGUGGCGCCUGUAGUCCAUUACCACAAAAGUCAUUGCUACUGACCUGUUCUUUCUUUAAUAAACCUUCGAACGACCAAAGUGUUUUCAUGGCUUGCUUUGUUGUAAUGUGCCAGUCAGUUGAGAAGUUUGGUAUGUUGAGAAGCACCUGGCAAAUGUGUGAAAAUGUGUCGCUUUUAUAUUAUUAUUAAGCAGCUUUGAAUGCGAGAGGAAGUUUUCAGCCUGUAUUAAUAUUCUUAAUUGGUCGAACAGGAUAACUGAUAUCAAGAAGUAGUCUACUUGCAUAAUAGUUAAUUCUGUAAUACUUUUGUAGAAUUGCUAACAAGUAGGGCACGCAAAAUGAGAAUUGGCCAUGGAUAAAAAAAGAGUUUUGCAAACAUGCAAAAAGUAUAUAUCCUGAUCACUCACUUGCCUAUUUGCCACUUAAAAUACACCUGGAACUAUUAUUGAAGUGCUUCUGAUGUAAAGAGGAAAAGUUGCACCUGUCUGCUGCUAAUCAUACACUAUAAAAUUACUGUACUGACUUUCUUUUUGACUUAAUUUCUUUCUUUCUUUUCUUUUCUGCACAAGCAUUCCUAUUUGGACAGGGAAACCUCCCUUCUUCUGAGAAACAUUGCAGGAAAGCCUUCUCAUUUGCUGACCAAGGUGAUACUACUAUUUCCCACCUGCAUGUGACCAUUUCCUGGUAGAUAGAAUGGCAUUCAUAGAAUGGCAUUCCUGGUUGAUGUUUGUGUGUGUGAAUUUGGACUUUGCUUCCAGUAGCUUGUGGUGGUUGGGAGAAUGACUUUUCCUCUGGUUGGAGCAGAGGCACUUCGUUUUAAAAUACCUUUGGAUGAAGACGGCUGGAAUUAUUCAGAUGUCCUUUCCUAAAAUCAGUCUAUUACAAACUAAGAUAUUUCAAAGGAUGCCCUCAGAGCAGUAGGGCAUGUUAAGAUGCUCAUUGUCCAUGUUGCCAAAAAUCAAUUGAAAUUGAAAAUUUAAGAAAACAUCAAAAAUAUCAAAUUCAUUUUUACCUGUUUACUUUUGAUUUCUCUCUCUCCAUAAUAACCUUGGAAAGAGCAUUUCUAGUAGCUGACCUCAUCAUAGUCGAUGGGUUCCCUCCACUCCCGAAAUUUGCAACCUGCACUAUUUCCAUCCUCAGAAUAAAAAUACUGAAAUUAGUACGUUUAAGUUUGCUCCAGUUAUGUGCUUCUUUCUAAACCCAGUUUUUGAAUCUUUCCAUUUUUUUUAUUUUUGGUGGUGUGGCGAAUUAAAGUUUAAAAGGCAGGAAGUGAACCCAGGUUUCACCCCCUAAAUUUGUUUUCUAUCAUGGGCUCUUCAUUCUUCUUCUGAAAACCAAAUUCACAAUUGCAGCAGAAAAUUGUUUCUUAAUUAAAGCCAUAAAUAUACUGUAAACCUCCCUGUGGAUAACUCAAUCAGUAGAGCAUGAAACUCUAAAUCUCUGGGUUGUGGGUUCAAGCCCCAUGUUGGGCAAAAGACUGGUUGAACUAGAUGACCAUGGUUGUGCCUUCCAACUCUACAGUUCUGUGAUUCUGUGAUCCUUGGAUGAAGGGUGGUAUAUCAAUUUAAUAAAUAAUAAUAAAAUCAGAUGUUAUCCAGAUUCCAUACAAAACUUGUAUGUUUAAACUUGUAUAGCACAUAACCUUCAACUACUGUAGGUUCCUAACAAUUGGUUUAAGAAAAUGCAAAUAAGGCACUGCCAUGCUUCUAACCCAUCUCCCCAUUCUUCAUUUCUUUUGUAAAUUAUUAUUACAGUAGAAAACCAUAAUUCCUCAGUUGCUCCUGAUUCCUGUUUAUCAACAGGUGAAGGCUGCUUACGGAAGCAUGAUUAAAAUCAAUUAAGCAGCAAAGCUAUAAAUAAAAUCAUGAUUGAUUAGAUGAAAAACAUUUAAUUUUAAUUCUUCUAGAGCAGCCUUUGCCAACCUUGAGUCUACAGAUGUUGUCUGGCUACAACCCAACUCAUCCUUGACCAUUGGCCAUGCUAGCUGAGUAUGGUGGGGUUUGUAAUCCAACAGCAUAUAGGAACCUACGACUUGGGAAAGCUGUUCUAGAGAGAAAAGGGCACCACUUCCCUCAGUGAGGGAAAGUUUUUAAUAGGAUGUGAGUAAUUACUGUUGGUGAUUACAUAAAGUUUUGUCGAUACUUGCUAGAAAGAUAGAAAAACUAAAAUUGUAGAGAGAUUUAGUAAUGAAUUUGCAAAGCGACAUACUCAAAAUAAUUUGAAGCAACUGGGAAAAAAGAGAAACUCAACAUCUGUGCUGCUUCUUUGAUGCUUUCAAAUUGAAAGACCUAGUUCAGAUGUCAUGGGAAACCAUAAUUUCCUGCCACGUGAACAAGCCAUAGCCUAACACACUCUUCUCUUGUCUUUCACAGGAGCAGGAAGUUGGCAGCUUCUGUUCCCAUUUUAAAAAUAAAGACAGUUCUCUGUGACAUCCCAACUGUGGUUCGCAAGAACCAGUUGGGAUGAAACUUCCCCAUUUUCAGAUCUCUUCUCCAUUCUCAUUAUCCGUAGUUUAAACAAAUUGCAGUUCCCUGCAUUUGGACAGGAAACUAUAGUUGGAUUAAAAACAGGAAGUGAAAGUUUUCAGUGUUCUCCUGGCACUCAAAAGGAAGAGGACAAGUACCCAAGGCUUGCUGUAUCUUUAUUUACAAAUGAGAAAACCAUAAUUUCUCACUGCUUCUGGAAACAGGCCAAAGUGAGCUUGCAACUCGUUGCAAAUUAGCAUUGCAAAUUAGCACAGAAAACCAAGAAGUGGAAACCACAAAUCUAUAAAUUUUGCUUAUGUUUGAUAUACUCUCUGUGAUGGAGACAAGUCCCUGCCAUUUGAUCUUGCUGGCUAGAUGGCAGUUCCAGCAGGGUGGUUUAAUCAGUUCUGGUUAGAUAUGCUAUCAUCUUACCACAAUAGGCAAGAGGUUGGCUGCGACAUUCUACAAGACCUGCAGCUCCCAAAUAGCCUUAGAGGUAUAGCACCACAUAAGACAAAAGCAUGAAUGAUCCAUUCCUAACAGGAGACUCAACUAAUGUAGAGUUGCUAAAAGAUAAUAAUAAUGAUAUUAAUAAUAGUAAUAGUAAUAAUAUAAUUUAUUAUUUGUACCCUGCCCAGCCACUCCGGGCGGCUUCCACAAAGAGCAAAAAUACACUAAUAUGUCAUACAUUAAAAACUUCCCUAACAGGGCUGCCUUAAGAUGUCUUCUGAAUGUCAGGUAGUUGUUUAUCUCUUUGACAUCUGAUGGGAGGGCGUUCCGCAGGGCGGGCGCCACUACCAAGAAGGCCCUCUGCUUGGUUCCCUGUAGCUUUGCUUCUCGCAAUGAGGGAACCGCCAGAAGGCCCUCGGCGCUGGACCUCAGCGUCCGGGCAGAACAAUGGGGGUGGAGACGCUCCUUCAGGUAUACUGGGCCGAGGCCAUUUAGGGCUUUAAAGGUCAACACCAACACUUUGAAUUGUGCUUGGAAACGUACUGGGAGCCAAUGUAGGUCUUUCAAGACCGGUGUUAUGUGGUCUCGGCGGCCGCCCCCAGUCACCAGUCUAGCUGCCGCAUUCUGGAUUAGUUGUAGUUUCCGGGUCACCUUCAAAGGUAGCCCCACGUAGAGCGCAUUGCAGUAGUCCAAGCGGGAGAUAACUAGAGCACGCACCACUCUGGCGAGACAGUCCGCAGGCAGGUAGGGUCUCAGCCUGCGUACCAGAUGGAGCUGGUAGACAGCUGCCCUGGACACAGAAUUGACCUGCACCUCCGUGGACACCUGAGAGUCCAGAAUGACUCCCAGGCUGCGUACCUGGUCCUUCAGGGACACAGUUACCCCUUUCAGGACCAGGGAGUCCUCCACACCAGCCCACCCCCUGUUCCCCAAAAACAGUACUUCUGUCUUGUCAGGAUUCAACCUCAAUCCAUUAGAUACUCCUGCUCAUGGCCGCUGCCUGUUUUAAGGAGACUCUUUAGACUGCUCAGAAGCUGAUCCACUUCACCAAAGCGCCUGGCUUCCCCAUCAACAUUAUCCACCUUCUUAAAAUUUAGCUUUUGCUUGCAAACAAGCUAUAGAUAACAUUAGCAUUCUUGACAAUGUAUUACUGCUUAUUCGCACCACCCUUCCAAAUUCAGUCUCUGUUUUUUCUGCUGUUUGCAAUCGCAAUUUCAAUGUGUAACUAAAGCCAAAUUUGUUUGGAAUAUAUUAACCGUAGGGUGAUGAAUGAUAAGUAUUGACGAAAUAGUCUUAAAAUCUGAUGUGUUAAUGCUUUAUAGUGGAACGAAUAGUUUUUCCUGGAAUAAUGAAAACUGCCCUCAGGAAAUAGUGCCUGCCCUGGUAUAUCAACAGAUUUAGUACAACAUCCUAGGCUAGCUUAGAUGUCCAGAAUUGGCUGCAUAGUUAGUGGAUCAGUAAGAUAAUACUCUUGUCAGCAAUGAGGAAUUAAAUAUCAUUACCACAAUUAGCAAAGAUCAUUAGCGCACUGUCGCUUUGUAGCAAAUUGAACUAGCAGUCCAGAACAAAAGUCAUUUUCUGCUACUUCACAAUCUCUGGUUUAGAUAUCUUUCUUUUUUUAGCCCAUGCAACUUAAGUAGUGGCACAGUUUAAAACUGUGUUUUAACAAAACAUUUCAGUGCUUGUUCUUGCAUGCCUGUGAAGUAAAAAAAAAAGAAAGAAAGCUCAAUAAAAAUGUUGAUUCACUAAGCUGCUAGUUUGCUGUAGAAGCCUCCUAUGUUUAAGAAGCAUUUUCUCUUUUGAAUAUAUGCCUAGAAGCAAUUAUUUAUGGCAUCUAUUUUAACAAUGUUGUAAAUUGAACUAUUAUUUUUUAAAAACAUUACCUUCUAGUGAUGGAGUUUUAUGUCCUGUGUUUUCUGAGUUGGUAAAAUAAUAAAGUUGUAACUGGCUACCUGUAACCAUGCACCCCUAAAGAGUUGGAUCUGUUUCAAGAGAAAAUACUGUGUAGUAUCAUCUAAGAGGAAAGUUUGGAGCAGCAGAAUAGACGUUAACAGUCCACUGUAGAAUUAAUAGCUUUGUAUUGAAUAUCAGAUCUUUUGAAUUAUCAGCCAUUUAUAGUUAAUGGGCAGUAUCCAAAGAACGGCGUAAAGCAGAGCUUUCCAGACUGUGUGUCACGACAUGUUAAUGUGUCAGUUGCGCUGUGUAAGUAUGUCACGCGGAUGCUCCCUGUGCUCCUCCCAGGGGUGGAAAGGGGUUUGUUUAACUUCCGGUUUGCUAGUAAAACUGAAUUACUGUGUCAUGAAAUGAUGCAUGUCUUUUAAAAGUGUGUCCCCGACAUGCAAAGUUUGGAAAGCUCUGCUAGGAGCUUCUGCUAGGCCAGUAGAAGUUUUUAUUUUUUAUUUUAUUUUGAAGUGCUGGUUCCCUGGACCAGAUUAGUCAGCCAAGUUCCCUCUAGAUGUUGGAAUGCAUCUCCCAUCCUCCCUGAGUAUUGUCCACGCCGGCUUGGAUUGAUGAGAGUUGGGAUCCAGCAACACAUGAGGGGCUCUCUGCGGCCUACCCUUGCCUACAAUCACAGACUGGUUGUGAACCUCCCCUAAGCUUCACAAGCAGUUUUGGUAGAUGAGAAAUGAGGCUCAAUUCAUGGAACAGAUUUCAUAGUUGCUUUGAUUUUGGCACUGUUUAGCACAAGCCGUGCUAAUAAAAGAACUUGGAAAGCAUCCUUGCAUAAGUAGUAAUUAGACAUAUAUUUACAUUGUUCAUUCUUGCAUCUCAGUGCCUAAGAAAUAACUUGGCCAAAGGAUAAAAGAGACCUUUGGACAUAUUUUGGCAUCUUUAGUAAGUUUUGGCUUACUAAACUGCAAGCACACUUCUGGAGUUGGAAGUUUUUUCUUAGCUUAGUUAGGGGAGAAUACUGCAAAACAGGGUGCUUUUUAGUAGGGGUGUUCAUGGAUCCCAUUCUUUGACUUUCAUGUAUACAGUCAUACCUCGGGUUAAAGAUGCUUCAGGUUGAGCGUUUUCAGGUUGCGUCCCGUGGCGACCCGGAAGUAACGGAACGGGUUACUUCUGGGUUUCGCCACUCGUGCAUGUGCAGAUGCAGCAAAUCGCAACCCGCAGACACAGGUUGCAUUCUGCUCAGGUUGCGAACGGGGCUCCGGAACGGAUCCCGUUCGCAACCAGAGGUACCACCGUAUCUGCAUUUUUUAAAAAAAAAAUCCAAUGUGUUUGAAUUGCUCUGUGGUCUCUGGACUUCAAACUGUCAUGCAAGUUUGAAGCCACUCUGAAAUGAUGAAAUGAAGCUCUCCCGUUUUCUGUACACUAUGAAGGGGGAUCUAAAACUGCCAGCAGAGUUGCGAAGAUUUCUGGGUUAUUGCUUUUCGUUAAGGCAGAGCAAUCUACAUUUGAACCUUAAAAAGUUUUUAACUUUUUAAAAACUCUUCCACUACUGUGCUUUAACAUUUUAAAUAAAUAAUAAUAAUCAGAGAUCUUCAGCACUCUACUGACUUGGACAGCCUCGCUUCUUGAAAAGCUAGGUGAACACUCAUAUAUAGAAAAACAUAGAGCUAAAAGGGACAGAAGAAUAUGCAAGCAACUUGAGGCAUUGUGGAGGCCCUGAUCUGACUGGGGUGGGUGUGCUAUUUGGCCUGCACACUUGUUAGUGAUAAUGCUUACACUUUGGUUUUACUUCUACAGUACCUUCUUUCAACACACUUUACAUCUUUCUAAACCGUGAAAUACAUUUCACUGGUCCUAGUAAGCACAAAGCAAGUUUAUUGGUUUAUAUUAAAACUGUAUCCUAACCUUCCUCCACAAGGAGCCCAGGGCAUAAAUUAAUUGUAUUAAUUGAAUACAGUUUAAAAUAAAAUAAAGCAUAAUUUGAAACAGUUAAAAACAAUAAAAUAGAAUUUGUUUAAAAGCCCUACAACAAUUUUAAAGAAAUUUAGGUCUUCAAAAAAUUGACAGUAUAAUUCCCCCCAAGAUCAUCUGAGGUGCAGAAUGAAGAAUUGGACUUUAUCCAGAUUUAAGAGGCGGUUCAGCAUGUGACCUGCUUUCACCCUACCCACCAUGUUAAUUGACGUGGAGAUUUAUUUUAGGCAAAAAGCCAGAAGUCAUGCCAGCAUGUGGGUCCCAAAAGAGGAGUGGUCGCACCAAUUUUUGUAUCUUCUCUUUCUCAAAUAACGGCAGAGCCCACCAGUCCUGUUAUAUGCCAUUAUAUGUCGAUUCGUUUUUAAGGUGCUUGCCAUUCUCUGACUUGUGGGUUGUGCUCAGUGCUGUAAACCAGUUGGGAGGCAGUUUUUGUGUGUGGCAUGGCUUGCUGGUUGCUAAAUGCCGUGUUAACUUUUCUUGUAGCAACUCAUUAUAGGAUUCAGUAAAUUGUCUCAAGAUGGAAGGCUUGGUUUUCUUUAAUUGCCACCGUUCUUAAAAAAUAUUGCUCAUUGAAUGAACUGGGAGAUAAAGACUUGACCCUUCAGCUGGAGCGCUCCUUAUUUGACACUUUUCCCAGCUGUCAGCUGGGCUCCUCAAAUCAUUUAGCAGACGUGUAGCUGCCUUUUCGAAAGCACACUUUGGUCUGCUUGUGCAAGUCAGGUGUGCGUACAUUUCUACAUAUGCUGCAAAUCGUACAGUGGGCUAUAAUUCUUAUUUGCUAAGAAAACGUUGCUGCCUGGUCCACCUCAUUUCAAGUUUUGCGUGCCUCCUGGCACUCAGCAUAGAAUUUGAGCCUCCCUCUGUUUCAAUUUAAGGCUCCAGGACUGAACUUUCCAAUAAGUCCCUUGUCUCAGCAAGCUUUGCAUUUGCAGCACGUGUGUUUUAGUACAUAUUUUGAGAGGCGGCUUAUGGGGCUCUUUUUAAUGGAAAUCGGAAAAUAAGCAUAAGCUUUUUAUAAGUUCUCUCUGUCUUGCCAGCGCUGCCAACCUUUCAUAAUUAAGUUGCUAACCUUCAAUAUUUGCUUCCAUUUAUAGCCUUGUCUUUUUCUGUGUAAAGACGCUGGUCCUUCUAAUGGCUUUUUGCUUGUGUUAUUAGUAGACAGAAGAAAAGGAGACAUGCAAAAGUAGGCCAGUCUAAUCUAACCAUAACAGUCUCUUGAAAUAGUUACUGGUUAUAAGCUAUAACUUGUCACGUGCAAGAGCCGAUCUAACUGGGUUUGACUUCCUAGAUAGGACGGCCAAUAGCUAUAUAGUUUGAGACCAAAUGAAAUAUGACCCUACAACCAAUGUGAAACCGUGGGUAUUUAAGUGAGUUAAGGGAGGACUACAGUUGUUCCCUAGGGACGCGGGUGGCGCUGUGGGUUAAGCCGCAGAGCCUAGGACUUGCAGAUCAGACGGUCGGCGGUUCAAAUCCGUGCGACGGGGUGAACUCCCGUUGCUCGGUCCCUGCUCCUGCCCACUUAGCAGUUCAAAAGCACAUCAGAGUGCAAGUAGAUAAAUAGGUACCACUCCGGUGGGAAGGUAAACGGUGUUUCCGUGCGCUGCUCUGGUUCGUCAGAAGCGGUUUAGUCAUGCUGGCCACAUGACCCGGAAACUGUACGCUGGCUCCCUCGGCCAAUAAAGCGAGAUGAGUGCCGCAACCCCAGAGUCAGCCACAACUGGACCUAAUGGUCAGGGGUCCCUUUACCUUUACCUACAGUUGUUCCUGGGUGUUUAAAUCACCCCAUCACCCCCCAAAAGGCAACAACAUUUAGAUGCUUGCAAGAGUUAUACUUCAAAAGUUUCACUCCGGUUUUACUUUUCAAGCUGCAGGAAACCAUCUAAGGAAGGUCCUUAAACCAGCUUAAUAACCUUCUUUGUGUCUUGCUUAAGUGGCUAUUCAGAUAACGUUUCAGGCCUCAUUUAUUAUUGCUGUUAUCAUCUUACUUGUUACUUUCAUUGAAGAUGGUUGUAAUGCUGGUGAACCAAGGCCGUUGCUGUCAGCAGUUGUUGCCUUUUUCACCACUCUUUGUCGAACAGACUGAAAAUGAUGGUGCUGAAAGUAGCUACAUGUGACUAGGAGAAAAUCCAUAUACAGAAGAGCUUUCUCGGGAGGGUGAAAUGUGCAGCACAGAUGCCACUGCGUAGAAAAAUGUGCAGCUGCUUAGGUCAGGUGAAACUAACUUGAAUGGCACAUGUCUUUUUAUCAAGAAGGGAAUGAUGAAUUUGUGUUGGUGGUAUCAUUCACAGUAAAGGUAAAGGUACCCCUGCCCGUACGGGCCAGUCUUGCCAGACUCUAGGGUUGUGCGCUCAUCUCACUCUAUAGGCCGGGAGCCAGCGCUGUCCGCAGACACUUCCGGGUCACGUGGCCAGCGUGACAAGCUGCAUCUGGCGAGCCAGCGCAGCACACGGAACGCUGUUUACCUUCCUGCCGGAGUGGUACCUAUUUAUCUACUUGCACUUUGACAUGCUUUCGAACUGCUAGGUUGGCAGGCGCUGGGACCGAACGACGGGAGCGCACCCCGCCGCAGGGAUUCGAACCGCCGACCAUGCGAUCAGCAAGUCCUAGGCGCUGAGGUUUUACCCACAGCGCCACCCGCGUCCCUUAUCAUUCACAGUAGAGAAAAGUAAUUUUGAAGCAGGAAAACUCUUAGUAGGAUUCCAUGUUCUUUAUAUAUAGAUGGAAGAACCAUUAAAGAACUUGUAGCUGGGUAUUGUUGGAGGGUGUUGCAAUAGUAAGAAUAGGAUAAUAAGCAUAAAAAAUAAUGAAAAUACCAGGUGAGAAAAAUGGUGAGUUAAGGAAAUGACGAAUAGUAGUUUGCUUUAAGUGGUUCCACUAUAGCAGGCAUAGGCAAACUCAGCCCUCCAGAUGUUUUGGGACUACAACUCCCAUCAUCCCUAGCUAACAGGACCAGUGCUCAGGGAUGAUGGGAAUUGUAGUCUCAAAACAUCUGGAGGGCUGAGUUUGCCUAUGCCUGUACUAGACGUUAUCGUACUGUUUUAGUUGAGUGAUUGUUGCCUCUGGGUAAUCAGUAUUCAAAGGUUUUUCAGUGGUUUAAGCUUUGCUUAGUGUUGGUUAAACAAACUUUUCUUCUCCCACAGGAGGAACAGGCUGCUAAGCUAAAGGCUGAAAAGAUCAGGGUUGCUUUAGAGAAGAUUAAAGAAGCACAAGUUAAAAAGGUAAACUAUAGGUCUUGCAUUAUCCAAAGUCAGUCUUGAUAUAUUGUGGAGGUCUGUUUUGAAAUAUUUGUUCCCUGUUGAGGACUGCAUACAUAUGGCAUAAAUAUUUUCCCCUGUGGUUGUAUUCACAACAUCGUGUAUUUUUCUAGCGUGAUAUUCUCAUCUGGUGGUGCAGUUUGCAUUUGUAUCACAUCCUAGUUUAUUAGUUCUCAAAUUCUGAAUAGAGUAGUGUAAAGGGGAGUCCCUAAAGAUGUCUUAAACUUUAACACAUUUUGCAGCCAAGUACCAUGGUAGUAUGUCUACAAUAUGAAAACUAAAUAGGAGCAAGCUAGCUUAUUAUCUUGUUUUACUGAGAGAUAACAGUAAUGAAAUGCAUGUAAUUUCAUGAAUUUUUGACUUGGCGCCUUUCUUAGUUUGCAGUUACUUAACUUGCUCUUGAAUUCCACUGAAAUCGACAGGAGAAUUGGAGUUAUUCACAGAAUAGCAAUUUAUUAAGCCAAAAAUGUUGGCUAGUUGCAAGGUUAAUUCAGAUUACCAUUUUAUAGCCUUUUAAAGCUAAUUGAUAACAACAUAGGACUAAUUAGAAAAACGUCAACAUGAACAUGUUAGCAUUUACUUUUAUGUUUUCAACUUCUGUCUGGCUGAUUUAACUCUGUCUCCUUCUGUCUACAUACAGCUUGUCAUUAGAGUCCACAUGUCAGAUGACAGCUCCAAAACAAUGAUGGUAGAUGAACGACAGACAGUAAGACAAGUGCUGGACAACUUGAUGGACAAGUCCCACUGUGGUUUUAGCUUAGACUGGUCUUUGGUAGAAACCAUCUCAGAAUUACAAAUGGGUUAGUAAAGCUUGAAAUACAGCUUCUUCCUGUCUCUUGCUCCGAGCGGAUGCAGAAUUUUACCGAUACGUGGUCCUGUUUUAGAACUCUUUGCUGACUUGCUCUGUAUUCACAAUCUCAAGUAUUUGAGUUUUCAGUUUCCAAACUAUGUGUUACAACGUCUCAGGGAUCUAAGACUUUUAGUGAAGGGCCUGACGUUGUACUUUUUGUGAUCUCUUAGUAAAAACCUAUGGAAUUACUGGAUGCGCUUAAUGUGGCUAUUCCUCAUAAUUGCACGUGGAAAAUACUAUGGCAAAAAAGUCAAGUAAACAAACCCAGUUCCAUUGCUCUUCCUAAGUCUGUAAACCCCAUUUUUAGAUUAUAAGCCCGAGGGCAGGGACUGUCUUACUACUGAUUUCGGUAAUCCUCUUCAGGAGUCUUGCUGGCUUAAAUUAAAUAGGAUUACAAUCAUCGUUUGUUUAUAUUGCCCAUGUUUGCAUGUCCUGAUAAGCAGGAUUCCUGGCUAAUGGUGACACAUAUAUAUCAGUUAUAUUUAAACAUGUCAUUACUGCUUUUUGUCAUGAGUCAGCAAACCAUUGACCCCCCCCCAAAAAAAAAACCCCACUCCUGUGUUUGUAGCUUAGAAUAUUUAUUAUGUGAUUUGUUUAUUAUGCAGAGAGAAUCUUUGAAGACCAUGAAAACUUGGUAGAAAACCUCCUCAACUGGACAAGAGACAGUCAAAAUAAACUUAUGUUUGUAGAACGUAUAGAAAAAUAUGCACUUUUCAAAAAUCCCCAGGUGAGUCUAUUGCUUCCCCCCCCCCACCCUGCAUCUGAGCACCUUUCUGACACUUACUAUAUUUUAAUAUAUGAAACACAAAUUAUACACACAGUAGUGGAAAUAUCUCUCUUUAAUAAAGUUUAACUGAAAUACAUACACAGAAUAAACCUCUGCAUAUACAUUUCUCAGUCAUGUGGCUGUUACAUUCAUUUUUAACUAUGAAAAGCAGGGGGGAUGGAUCUACUUCGCUAAAUAGUCCAUAAAUGACCAUAUUCUGGGGAAGAUUCCCUUCCUGUGUUCUACAGUGGUACCUCAGGUUAAGAACUUACCGUAUUUUUCGCUCUAUAACACGCACCCAACCAUAACACGCACGUAGUUUUUAGAGGAGGAAAAUCCGUAGGCAUGCCACCCGUAGGCAUUCCCUCCAUAACACGCACAGACAUUUCCCCUUACUUUCUAGGAGGAAAAAAGUGAGUGUUAUGGUGCAAAAAAUACGGUAAUUCGUUCUGGAGGUCUGUUCUUAACCUGAAACUGUUCUUAACCUGAAGCACCACUUUAGCUAAUGGGGUCUCCCGCUGCUGCCACGCCGCCGCCACACAAUUUCUGUUCUCAUCCUGAAGCAAAGUUCUUAACCCGAGGUACUAUUUCUGGGUUACCAGAGUCUGUAACCUGAAGCGUCCGUAACCCAAGGUACCACUGUAUUGGUAUAUAGUCAAUAAAGUCCCACAAUAUUCUAACAAAAGACCAGAGUCCAAUAUGCUUCAUCUGUUUGGAUACUCAAGUCAUGUUCCCAGAUUUGUCUAGCCCCCCUGAACUUUCAGAAUUUAAUAGCGAUCAGUAAAUAUUUGAAACAUGACUCUUUGAGCUUGAGGUAUAAUCAGUUAACAAUCUUUCAAGUACAGUCAUACCUUGGGUUGAAUACGCUUCGAGUUGUGCACGUUCGAGUUGUGCUCCGCGGCAACCCGGAAGUAACGGAGCGUGUUACUUCCGGGUUUCGCCGCUUGCGCAUGUGCAGACGCUCAAAAUUAUGUCACGCACAUGCGCAGAAGCAGCGAAAAGCGACACGCGUGUGCGCGCGUAAACGCGCCGUCGCUAGUUACGUUUAACUCUAGAUGCGAACGGGGCUCCAGAACGGAUCCCGUUCGUAUCUAGAGGUACCACUGUAAAAAGUAAAACGUUUUUGGGAUACUAUACAUGAAGAAAAACGAUGCUUAGGAGCUCUAAGCUUACCUAUUGGGACUAUUGGGAAAAUAUAUCCCACAAGAAAAGAAAGUACCGUAUUUUUCGCCCCAUAGGACGCACUUUUUCCCCUCCAAAAAUGAAGGGGAAAUGUGUGUGAGUCCUAUGGGGCAAAUGCAGGCUUUCGCUGAAGCCUGGAGAGCGAGAGGCAUCGGUGCGCACCGACCCCUCUCGCUCUCCAGGCUUCAGGAAGCUAUCCGCAAGCCCGGCGGGAGUUCCCGCGGGCUCACAAGGCUUGCGGGCAGCAGCCUGCAGCCCCGGCGAGUGUCCGCAAGCCUUGCGCGCCUGGCAGGAGGUCCCGCCGAGCGUGCGAGGCUUGGGGUGGCAGCCUGUCGCCCGAAGCACGGAGCACCCUCCGGAGGGCUCCCCGUGCUUCGGGCGAGUGUCUGCAAGCCUUGCGCGCCCGGCAGGAGGUCCUGCCGAGCGCGCGAGUAAAUGGAAAAGCAAAACAGUUCCCUCCAAAGAGGAUUGGAUAUGUACAAUGAGUGAUUAUAUAAAAUUGGCAAAAUUAACAGCAGCCAUAAGGUCACAGUCAAACCAAAAGCUAAGAUCAGAAUGGAAAUGCUUUGAAGAAUAUAUAGAAAAACACUGUUCACAAAAGAAUAUGUUGAUAUGCAUAGAUUAAGAUUGUAGAGUUUAAAAGAAGAAUGAAGUUUGGAAGGAGACAUGAAAGAUAAUUUAGAUAAAGAAUGCAAUGUUAAUAUUUAAUAUAAUAUAUAAUAGAAAUCAGGAUGUGGUGGAGGGGAGUCAAGGGUGGGUGGUGGGUGUUAUGUAUGUAAUGUUAUAUAUUGGUGUAUUUAUAUUUCUUUUUUGUUUCCUUUUUUCUUCUUUGUAUUCUUUUGUAUUACUUAAAAUAAAAAUUCGGGAAAAAUACUUUUAAAAAAACAGUCUUUCAAAUCUGGACAAGUUUAUUAUUGCACAUUGUCUAACAUUUGGUUUCACCAAGAAGGUUCAAAUCUGUCCCCAAGGAAGCCAUGAAAAUGCUGUGACUUCUUGCCUCUUUGAUGUCUUCUGCAGCACCUUUCUUGUAAAAGACACAGACCAUUUAUAAAUUCUUGGAGCACCAGAGUCUAUGUCUGUUGAAAAAGAGGGGAUGAUCUCUGGGACUAAAAUGACAGUUCUCUUUGACGGAACUUUAAGCAUUACUUUUGUAAAUCUCUUAUUUAACCACUCUGAGGAUUGAAAUUUAUGUUUGUAAAAUGAGUGAACAAAAAGCAGAGCCCUGGCAGCCUCCCCAGACUCCAAUUUUACCCAUUGUCUGUCCUCAGCCACAAUGGGAACCAUGUGACAUAUGUUUAGUCUUACAAUAGAGAGCUAUUGGACAUUCCCCAGUCCCCUUCACUUGCUGGCUUGUAUAUAAGAGCCUUCAAAAUUUGGGGUAUUCUUGAGCCAAACGCAUACUGGUGUACUUUUUUUUUGCAAUUUCUUUAUCUGUUGUAAGGAGCAUUUGAAAUAAACAGAGUUGUUUAAGGAAGGGCGGUUUUUCUCAAAUGCUUCCAAGUUUUCCCAUCCUUUUCCAUGGUUUGCCAUAAAAGUAACUUUGUUUACAUUUAUAGAUAUUUGAAUGCAAAUGGUGAAAAUUAUGGUAACGUGUAGGGAUUAACAGCAUAUCAGAUAAAUCUCUUUGGAGCUUAAAUGGAGUGGAAUGUUAAAAAACAUGACUUCAGAUUUAGUAAAGUUGAUUCGAAGCCCAGCAAAUAAAAUAAACUGACUCCUUUCUGAGUUUGAGAGGUGUUUUAAUAGGUCUGGACAUCAUCUGCAUCCUCCCACAAAAAGAAUUUGUUCCUUCAUAAUGUUGAUUUCAUGGACCGGUUCUGCUUCAGCCUUCUUCCGAUUGGUUCUGUGGCAAGAUAAACAAGAGAUAUCUCUGCUUUGUCCCAUGCUACAGAUUGGUUUUGAAUCCAAAUUGCUUAUCUUGAUUGUCAUAAAUAUUCCAUAGAUUCCCCACCCACCCCAAUAUUCCAACAACUUUGAUGCCCAGUCCCAUCCUAAUUACUUCAAUCAAAGGCUUCAUAGAUACCUUGCACAAGACUCCAAGGGAGUAAACGUUUGGUUUUACAGAAUUGUAUAUUUAGCCGAGUCCUGAUUGGGUCAGGUAUUUGGCAAGCACAUGUAGAUUCAGUUAUCUGGAUCGAAUCCAGAAGAGAGUGUAAGUACUUUAAAUAUAUAUAUAUAUAUAUUUAUAUAUGCGCACACACACACACACACACACACACACACACACACCCUCUGGUUUAUAGGUUUUUUUUUGUAGAAACCUGGAGAAGUUAUUCUCAGAAACGGCACCCUUCUAGGGAUAUCAUGAUGAUUACAUUUCUGAAUUCUAAGUGCUUCAGCUGAAGUCUCAAUCCCUCUCUUACAGAAUUAUCUUCUAGGGAAAAGAGAAACCUCUGAAAUGGCAGACAGGAACAAGGAAGUACUACUGGAGGUGAGACUUUCCACAUUAUUGAUGUGGUGGCUGAUUUGCUACUGCUGCUAUUCAUUUAUUGCUAUGCAAGAAGGGUGAAGGAAUCUUAAGUCCUGCCUACAAAGCUCAUAGGGAUGCGGGUGGCGCUGUGGGUUAAACCAUAGAGCCUAGGACUUGCCAAUCAGAAGGCCGGCGGUUCGAAUCCGCAUGACGGGGUGAGCUCCCGUUGCUCGGUCCCUGCUCCUGCCAACCUAGCAGUUCAAAAGCACGUCAAAGUGCAAGUAGAUAAAUAGGUACCACUCCAGCAGGAAGCUAAACGGCAUUUCCGUGUGCUGCUCUGGUUCGCCAAAAGCGGCUUAGUCGUGCUGGCCACAUGACCCGGAAGCUGUACGCCGGCUCCCUCGGCCAGUAAAGCGAGAUGAGCACCGCAACCCCAGAGUCGGCCACGACUGGACCUAAUGGUCAGGGGUCCCUUUACCUUUACCUUACAGAGCUCAUAAUCUAAAUCCAUUGGUCAAGUCAGUAAUGAGGGCCAGGAUAGAGUUGAAAUAAGUGGGCUAAAUAAGAGGACAAAAAGGCUGAAGAUUCAAGGUUAGCUAAUGUGUGUUGGAAGAAAUAUCCCUGUGACUGCAGAACGUUCUCUUCAAAUCUAUGUUAACUUUCUAUUCCAGGAGUGUUUUUGCGGAAGCUCGGUAACGGUGCCAGAAAUUGAGGGUGUCUUGUGGCUGAAGGAUGAUGGCAAAAAAUCUUGGAAGAAGCGUUAUUUUCUUCUGCGUGCUUCUGGAAUCUACUAUGUUCCCAAAGGAAAGGCGAAGGUGAAUCUUCUGCUUCUAAAACUGUUUUUAAGACUUGUGCCACUCUCGUAUUUUCAAAACCCUGACAUCCCAGUUUGUCACUCCCAUCGGCUCAAGUUUGGAGCCUGCCAGAUAAAAUGAUCCCCCUUCUCUUCCUCUCCCACACUGUUCUAAGGGUUCCUCCCCACUCUCCCAAGCCGAUUUCCUGAGGAGGAAAGGGGGAAAGCCCCAUUGCACAAGCGGAAGUCCUUGCAUAGGGGGCUUCCACUGAUGGGGGCAGUUAGAUGAGUCCUACCCAUAAUUCCCAACUCUUCCUCUUCCCAAAGGAAUAAUAAGUAGCUAGCUCUGAUAACUGAAUCUAUUUCAGUCUCUGUCAGAAGAUAUUUGGUUAACCAAGCCCCAUCUUUUACCCAUCCCCAUGGUGGACUCAGUUUUUGAAUGAAAACGCUCCCAAUAAUGAUGAAAAUAUCUAUUUAAUAUUAAUCACCACCUGAUAAAGAAAUCUUUAUGUCCCCUUUCUGGUAAUAUUUUAACACCCAUGCUUUUCUUGACGUCCUUUUGGGUUCCAUUAGCAUAUCACAGUUGAAAUAUAUAUAUUUUUAUGUGCUUAAAAUUGUCAAUAGUGACUUAGUGUACAUCACGAAGGCAUUGUUUUUUUUAUUUUGGGAACAUUUUAAUCUAAUUUGAAGUUCUUUCCAUAGUUGAGAGAGCCUAGAAAAUUGUUCCACUUUGAUCUUGUAACAUUUUCCAUUCUGCUGAUUAUAUAGUACUAAUGUUUUUAUUCCUAUCUUGGGUUAAUUUGUUUUAUUCUAGUUGCCUACUGAGAUUAGUUCCUUGUGUUUACAUUAACCUGAAAGUUACACAGGAGGUAACUUUGAAAAAGUUACGGUAAAAUGAUUUGAGGGUUUCUACGUCCAUGACCGUAUGUGUUUCUUUUUAUAGGUCUCUCGGGAUCUUGUAUGCUUCCUUCAGCUGGACCAUGUAAAUGUUUACUACGGCCAAGACUAUCGGAAUAAGUAUAAAGCCCCUACAGACUAUUGUUUAGUACUUAAAGUAAGUGUUGAGUAGUAGCUGUCAAUAUGAGAAAUGAAAAGGGGAAGGGGAAAAGGCCACAGACUAGUUGUUGGAAAGCUUCUUGUACCUUGUGUUGCCCAUUUCUGCAUGAAACGCAAAAAAAAGGGCAUAUUUUGUAUCAGCCAGUAUUGAUUUGACACACUCUCCAUCAGAUCCUGUUUUCAUUUGCCUUUGAGAGAAGGCAGCAAGUUCUUAAUCAUAUUUUGCAGCAGUUUCUUAAUUAAGUAAUUAAUUAAUUAAGCAGUAAUUAAUUAAUUUAAUUAAUUUUAUAAUGAAUGAUUUUAGAGUGUUGUUUGUGCUGUACUUUUGUACUGUUUUAUUGUUGUUAGCCGCCCUGAGCCCGGCUUCGGCUGGGGAGGGCAGGAUAUAAAUAAAAUUUAUUAUUAUUAUUAUUAAUAUAAUUAUACUAAUUAUAUUAAUAAUAUAUUGUUAUUAUUAUUAAAAUAUAAUUAAUAUAAUAUAAUAUAAUAUAAUAUAAUAUUAAUAUAUUAUUAUUAUUAUUAUUAUUUCUGUCAACAGCUUCAGUGCAGAAAUAUGAACCCUAGCAUUCAAAGGAUGCAUUCCUCACUUUUUGCUAUCGCAACUGCAAAAUCUUUGAACAUGACUGUUUUGCUUCCCUAGGAGUAGUCUUAAUGCUGUAAGGUUAAGGUUGUUAUUUUUAAAUUCGGUUCACCCUGACUGCGCCAAAUGUUUCUCUUGCAGCAUCCUCAGAUUCAGAAGAAGUCGCAAUAUAUUAAAUAUUUGUGUUGUGAUGAUAUCAGAACCCUACAUCAGUGGGUAAAUGGCAUCCGUAUCGCUAAGGUAUGUUCCAGUUCUCUGCUCCUCUCCCAAUAGCUGUCAUACCAUAAGAGUUGGAAAGUAUAAACACAGAAUGGCGUUGCUAAUGUCCAAACAUAGACACUGUUUUUAAGGGCAGGGAUUCUAAAAAUCGGAUUUAAAUAUAUUCUUUUAAAAAUUGUUACUAGCAUAUAACAAAGUAUAUGAUUAUAUAAAAAUGGAUUGUUGUAAUAAUUUAAAGUUAUCUGUUUUUAUUUACUCUGCUGGUCAUCAGAAUAUGCAUUUCCAGUCUGGUAUAACACAUUAAACCAAAAGUAUGUCCAAAUUAAUAGGUGAUGCCCAACUUUAGUCUCCCUUAGAUUUGAAAUCUGGGUCUACUCUUGAGUAUGACCUAGUUGGGUAUCACUCAGUCUGCAUUCUGUGACCAUUUAUUUUCACGCUGAAGCGUUUCCAGCCUCUUUAACAUUUUUAUUCCUCCUUUGACAAGUAACCCUCUUCCUAGGAUUCCAUGUCAUAUGGAACUUUGUGCUUGGGAUGGCAUCUGCGCCUUCUUGAUUUUUCCCUAUACCCUCAUAUGCAAAGCUCUGUAGUUGUCUGGAGAAUUGUAACUCGGUGUGUUAGAAGAGUUAUUGGCUGGAACUACCAAUUUCACCCCAUGGCACUUUCCAGAUAGUUGUUAUUCCAUCAGGCGAGCAGCUGUUUCUAGCUUUCAGUGCAGAUUGGUAAUAAGAAACCAGGACUCCAGCAGGCACCAAACAAAAUUUCAGCUAAUCUUACAGUGUAGGUUUUGUCAGGAGCAAGCCCACUAGUCUGAAAUGAAAGGGAUGGGGUUGAUAAGCUUGGGAUUUGAAUCAUGCAGUGUUCACAUUCCCUGUUCUGUUUUGUUCAGUAUGGGAAACAAUUGUACGUAAACUAUCAAGAAGCCCUGAAAAGGACAGAAUCGGCAUAUGACUGGACAUCCCUCUCCAGUUCUAGUAUCAAGUCUGGAUCCAGUUCAUCUAGUUUGCCAGGUAAGCCUCAGUACCAUUCUGUUUCUAUAAAAUGUUUUAAGAAGUUUUGAUUCACUGUAAAAACACCCCUUGGGUGACAUGAAAAUGAGACCUACCAUUUAAUUCAGAAACAUACACCUUUUAAAAUGUGAAGAACGUGAACUAAAGAAUAAUUACAUUGAGAUAGUGUUUGUGGGACUUGUUGCCAGAGCAUCAAGAUGAAAUAGGCUUCUGUUCAGUCCUGUGUCCUGUUUUCAGUUGUUAAAUGAACAGAGAAAGCGUUCGAUUCCAUUGAGUAUCUUCCAGCUCACACAUGGAGCAUAGCUGUCAAGUGUCCCUUAUUUGGCGGGACAGUCCCUUAUCCCAGCGCCAUGUCCCGCUGCUGUCCCUUAUUGAUGAGGCUUCAUUUGGCUGCUGGCUGGGCUUUCUGCCUUUGGCUCAGAGGGGCUCAGAAGUUGAACAUACCUGUGCCCGGAAAAUCCCUUAUUUUGGCUGCUGAUCCCUUAUUUUCGAGGCUGCUGGUCCCUUAUUUUCAAAUCUGUAAGUUGACAGCUAUGACAUGGAGUCAAUUAUACAUGUGAGAGUGAUUCACUCAAAUAAACUUGCUUUUAUGGGUUUUGCAUUGAUGCCCAAUGUUUGUUCUGCAUUUCUUUCCACAGAAUCUCAAUCCAAUCAUUCUAAUCAAUCAGAUAGUGGAGUUUCAGAUACCCAGACAGGACAUGUCCGUUCUCAAAGUAUCGUUAGCUCCAUCUUCUCAGAGGCCUGGAAGCGUGGUACCCAACUGGAAGAGUCUGGCAAAAUUAGCGUAAGUAUCAUACAACAGACAAUACUAUAUUACCAUGAUAGGAUAUGAAUUUUGCCAUUGCGUAACAUUGGCCUUGCUUGUAAGCCAUGAUUCCUAUGUAAGGAAGCAGCCAAGAAUUCUCCAUUAAAUUUAGAGAAACAGCCAAGCCUCAUACAUUCUGGGAAUAUUCCAUUGUGGUAACAGUUGCUUCAUGUCGCAGCUUGCUCCCCUAUGUUUUAUGCUAUGUUUUGUUUUGUUUUCCUGUUGCCUCGCAGUCUCAUGUGGCAAAUGCAAAACCCGGAACAGCUCAGAGCUCCACUGCAGUGAUGACUUAAGCAGGGGUAGAGUUAAGGUCAGGGGCCUUGUUUGAACUAUUAACCUGGGUGAAUGAUGCAACCAAAAUCAUGCAGACUAACUUUUUUCAAGAGAUAUCUAAUAUUUAAGCACACUGAUUAGUCCACAAGUGCCUGAGACUCAAUUCCCCUAAUUUGACAAUGUCGUGCACCCCCCACCCCAAUUUAUUAAUAAUCUGUCAUGGUUCUGGUUUAGCAUAUAUUGCUGGAAAAUUCUUCCCAGAAUGAAGAAUCUUAAAAGAGUUCUAUAGCUUGCUGAAUUUCAGAUAAGUACUCUUUGCAAUGGUAUGCAUAGCUCUAAAUUGCAGGAAACCAUCGUUUCACAAUGCUUCCCUCAAAUAAUCACAUAAUACGGAGAAACGGUCAUAAAAUAUAGGAUUGUUCAUUUGGUGGUCCAUUAUCUAUUAACAGAUGUCACAAAGUAAAUCACCUUAAUAACUUGACCAGAACUCUUGGUGCCUUCUGUUUGACCUCUUCCUUCCCCCCCUCCCCCCAGGUCAAUAAUCCCUGCAUGCCUUGACUUCCCUUCCUAUUCUGUGAUAUAGUUAGUCGUGAUGGUUUUCACUCUGUGUAUUGAUUAUCAGUGCUUGGUCACUUGCAUUCCCCUCCUGUCAAAUUUGGCUAUAUAUAUUUCCACCUUAGGCAGUUGUGAGGGAUUCUGCUCUAAAAGCAAUGGGAGAUCUUGUCUUCCCUAAUGCAAUUGCGAACUUUGUGCGGGUCCCUCUGCACAUAGUACCAACCCAAUCUUCUCUCUCAGUUAUACGGCACUUUAUUCAACUUUUUGUAAUUCAUAGUAAAGUUUAUAGCAGGCACUUUCACAAUCAUUUCUCUUUCUAUAUAUGUUUGAAUUUUAUUUUGUUUUUUUGUAUUCCCUUCCCUUUUAGGCUAGAAUGGACUCAAUAAGCCGACCCUUUACUUCAGUCCCACCAGCUUUGUCUCCGCAGGCCAAAGCGACCCCCCUAUAUUCAGCUUCACAGCCAUCGCCUCCCCUUCCGCCCCCGCCCCCUCCUCCGCCACCCCCUCCUCCACCGCCACCCCCUCCGCCGCCGCCCCUCCCCAGCCAGUCCAUGUCAUCGGGAGGCGGCUCAGCCACCGUGUUUGUGAAGUACAGCACGAUAACAAGGCUGCAGAACGCCUCUCAGCACGGGGGGCUUCUCUUCAAGCCCCCCCAUAUGAUGCAGCAACCACCACCAAUCCUGCCACCGGCAAAGCCCCAGAACCCAGUGCCCCCUAAUGGUGUGGUCCCUCCACCGCCACCCCCGCCGCCUCCCCCUACCCCCGGCUCAGCUAUGGCGCAGCUCAUGAAGCCCGUGCCCUCCAUCCCGUCAGUGCCGCAGUUCACGCCGCCACCCCCUCCUCCCCCUCCUCUCAAAAUCCACCAGAUUCAUCAGAAUAUUGCUCCGGCGCCAGCUGCGGCCCCUGCCACGCCGCCGCCUCCCCCGCCUAUGCCUGCGCCGCCGCCUCCCCAAGCCCCUCCUAAGCCUGCCAUGACUCUGCCUACACAGAGCAGCUCAAAAGCCGCCUCGCCUGUCGCGGCGCAACCCACGCCGCCUGCCCCUGCCCUGGUUCCUUCAGCGAUGAAGAAGCAGCCCAGUUUCGCAACUCCGCAGGUUCCCCUGUCUCCUGUCCCGCUAGGCCCUCUCCCCCCGCCCACUUUGCCCAAGCAGCAGAGCUACUCCGGCAAACUUCCGUCCUCGCCGCAGUCCCCUGUGCCAUCGGUGGUGAAGCAAAUCGCCAGCCACUUCCCUCCGCCUCCCAUGCCGGCUUCAGAGCCUCAGCCUUUAAAGCCCACUCCUCUGAAUGUGCCACCGCAGUCUCCUCCGGCAGUCAAAGCCAAGCCAAAAUGGCAGCCCACCGCCGUCCCAUCUCCCGACUUUCCUCCUCCGCCACCUGAAAGUAGCCUAGCCUUUCCUCCACCGCCCUCCCCUGCUCCGACGGUGGUGUCUCCCACGCCGGACAAGGCAGGGGGUUCCCCGGUCAAGAAGUCUACCAAGACGUCCAGCCCGGGAGGAAAGAAGCCCCCACCGACUCCCCAGCGGAACUCCAGCAUAAAAUCCAACAGCUCAGCGGAGUACCACGAAUCAAAGAGACCGUCGGUGGAUAGCCUGGUCAGCAAAUUUGCACCUCCGCCAGAGCCUUUGGGGUCUCCUGUGAAGGAGACUCCGCUCCCCCCUGCAGCUCCCCCAAAGCCAGGAAAGCUCAAUCUACCUAUCGUACUUCAGCAAGCAGGAAUUUCCGCAAAGGCACCUGCCACAGGAGCGCCCGGGAAGGGUACCGUGGAAGAGUUUCCUUCCCCUCCGUCGGAUUCGGACUUCCCCCCUCCGCCGCCUGAAAUCGAUCUCCCUCUGCCGCCCAUUGAGAUUCCCGCCGUGUUUUCGGGCAACACCUCUCCCAAAGUGGCCGUCGUCAACCCUCAGCCCCAGCCCCCAUGGUCCAAACAGUCGGGGAAGAAAGCUCCUCCCCCCACCCGCCCCAAGCGCAACGACAGCACCCGGCUCACGCAGGCAGAAAUGGCCGAAGCGCAGGCCGCCGCGGCUCCGCAAGCGGCCGUGGCUCCGCAAGUGCCCACCUCGCCCAAGUCUGGCCUUAGCGUUCAGCCCGGGUUCCUGGCCGACCUGAACAGGACUCUGCAGCGCAAGUCCAUCACGCGGCACGGCUCCCUCUCCUCGGCCCGGAUAUCCAGGGCGGAGCCGACGGCCACCAUGGAUGACAUGGCUUUGCCCCCGCCCCCGCCGGAACUUCUCACGGAGAAGCAGAAGAGCAGCAACUUUGGAGGCAGCCACAUAUCGGGCUAUGCAACGUUACGGAGAGGUCCACCGCCAGCACCUCCCAAGAGGGAUCAAAACACCAAACUCUCUCGAGACUGGUGAUAGUAAGUGGCCGCCAGUGAACUCUACAAAUGACAUGUCUGAUACACUUGUGAAGCUCCUUGUCUUAAUAGCUGUGUGUGUGUGUGUGUGUGUGUGUGUGUGUGUGUGUGUGUACCCACACGCACACACACUCACACAACACACACGUGAACAGAAGCUAUGGGCGCCUGUUUCGGUUCACAAUCAGCCCAAAAGAUUUCUCUGUUUGCAGUUGGUUUAUUGGGGCAAGGGGCGGGCUAACUCUUUUGAGAUCCUCGUUACGGAUUGGACCAAAAUCUUUGAAACACUUCUUUUUUCCUGCAAUUCAGGAAAACAUCUGUUGUCUGUCACGUGAGACAUGUUGGUGCAUGUAUUAUAAAUGUAGGUAUAUAAUAUAUUGUGAAGUAUUUUGUUGCAAUGAUAGAGGCUAACCAGAAUGUUUUUGUACAUCUGUAUUUAUUUGUUUCAGUCAACCGAUAUGUAUAUUACCGGAAAUUGGAUGGCACAUCUUAAAAGAAAAGCCCUUUUAAAAAUUGAAGAUAAUAGGAGGCACUUUAAUCAGAAAAAAAACCUAUUUUCCCCAGUCGGUGACGGGUAUAGGGUACUGACAGAUUCUGUCGGCGUUCGUACAUUGUCAGUUGAUUGAAAACUCCGAAACAAUCUACCAAAACAUUCUGGUUGUAAUACUACUGAGAUUAAAUCCAUACAUAGGAAAAGGGAUGUGUUGUAUUGUGGGCCUGGAGUUAAAUAUAUUUGGACUUCAAAAUACAGACAUUCCCUUCUGGAACUGUUAAGGGGAAAGGAAAGGAUUUAUUUAAUCAAAACGCUAAAGAAGACACUGCCCUUUAUUACACCUUUGUGCACUUAGGUGUAAGCCCCAUGGAACACGGCGGAGACAUAUUUGUGACUAAAUAGGUGUAGGAUCCGGCUGCAAUCCUGUUCACCAGGGAGCAACUUGCAAUGAACCAAGUGGGAUUUUCUCUGAAGGGAUCGUGCUUUUAAUUAGAAUAAAUACACACUCUUCUAAUCCAUGUUACUCAUUUUUAUUUAGAGAUCAGUUUGGCAUUUAAGCAGAAAUGGUGCAUCUGCAAGCUCAGUUCAGAAUCAUUCUGGGUGUGCCAGUUGCCAUGUGUGACCACCAAUUCGGCUCAGUUCGCGAGCUCCUUGCUCCGGUGCUACUCAGCAGGUUGCCAAGAUGCCAUCUUGCGUACGACCCAAGCGCACCUGCAUCUCUUAAGAUUAACGCUCAACGCGAGCCCUCUCCCAACGUUCGAAACAUGUAUCUGUGGAGAGGAGUUGGCCACCCCUCAGAUGUUGGAUGGCAUGAGGUUCUGGGUUACGGGCAGGGCUGCUGCGAGCGUGUUCAGCCAAGCCCACUUGCAAACCCGCUUAAACCUUGCCACUUGACGGGGGAGUGUGGAGAAAAUGGGGUUUGCUCACCCGUUGGGCACCCUCCCCCCCCCCAAAUACAUUCUGCAUGGCUGAAGAGGGGCACGUGCAAAUAUGACCCCCGUUUCCACAACAGCUGGGCGGGCAAGCAUUGCUUAAGUGGUUGAAAUGCUUCUUCACACACAGGUGACCCCAGGGGGCGGCAGAAUGGCUUGUUAAUGGACAAAGCAAAAGGGCGAUCAUAGUGCAAUUCCCUUUCGCCUGAUUUGGUGAUGGCACGAGAGCUAAGUCUUGGCUCCCGUCAUCUGCGAUGCUCUAGUCGAGUCGAGAAACCUCUUCGUCCUAGGAACCUGUGCUAUCAUAAGUUCAAGUAGUGCAUUUUGGAAUCGGAACUUUUAACAGGCGAGGAAGUUCUGAAGCAGUGGCCCAGCUCAUGCAUUACGUUUACAUCAGUCUCAAUUAUGGCUUAACAUGAAGGACCAGUGUGCUGGUGGAGAGACCGUGCUUCGUGCUUCCUUUUGCUAGCACGCCAGCGAGGAACCAAACCAGGCGCUGGUUUGCUGUUGUGCGCAAGCCCGCUUUUACGGUUAGGAGAGAAGCGAAAAAUGUGAUGGUAGGCUCCUUCUUGGCUAACCAGCUGGAUUUUUGUUGAGAAACGUACCAUGAGCAUUGUUUCGCGCGCAACAGCAAACAGCCUAUGGCUUGUUUCGUUGGUAGCAUGCUGAACAAAGGUUAGUGCUGUGCACUGUUGAGCCAGUGUACCAGCAGCGCAUUGCUUGUUCCGCUUAAACCAUUCAAGUGAUGUGCAGGCCCAGGCAGCAAGUAUUGCAUCUGCUGUGCGAUGCAACACAGAAAUUGUAAAACUUUCUCAUUAUUGGCUAUUACUGAAUUGCAUAUGAGUGCAGUGCGUGUGUGUAAGGAGAAGGACAGCGAUAAUUUGCUCUGAACUUGUGUUUAAAGGGCUUGCCACCUUUUAAACCUCAAAGAUUAGCCCAUCGUAAGCUUGUCUUAGGCAUCAGAAGUUAGUUGCUUCUGGGGCUGAGGUGGUGGCGUUUGCCUUUGUGUGUUUUUUUUAUUAUUUAAAAAAAGACUGUCGUCUGCCUGAGCUCUGUUUGUAGAAAGGUAUCCAAAUUAGGGUAAUUUGGAGGGCUUAACAUUUCGCUCUAGAAAAAGCCGGAGAAAGUUAAGAGUCAUUUUUGCUUUUGGCCUAGAAGGAUCUUGGAUGCAGAAAGGAAUGGUGCUAUGUCAUCUGAUGCUGAAUCGGCUUUUUUCCCUUCCCCAAAUGUGUCAUGGACACAGUUUUCCUAUUUUAGAAUAGUUUACUUGAGCAAUAAUAUACCAUUGUGUGCAUUUUUAAAGCACUGCUGUCGGAUGGCACUUUUUUUUGUAACUUUCAAAGUGUUCAGAGUUUCAUUUCUUCUAUUUUUGUGCUUAUAAAGUGUCCUUAACCAUUUACAUUGCAGCAUUUUAGCUUGUCUUACAACAAACGGUGGUUAUUUUUUUACUUACAAUGCAUUUGGUGCUCAACUUUAUUCUUUCUGUUGCUGCUCGGACCACUUGCUGGCCUAAAGGGGAAAAAACCCCACCUCAUUUGGGAGGUGCGAGGAAUAUGCCAGAUUUGUUCCAUGUCUAGUAGCAACCUCAUAGCCAGGUACAUAAGCUUGCUAAGAAGAGAGUGUGGGAUUGCUUUGGGCAGCCAAGUCAGUUAAUUCAAUCACUUCCCUGCCCCCUUUUGUUAAUUUAGAACCAAUGCCUUUGAAGUACUGUUAUUUCUCUCCCCAGCUUUAACGAAACAUCUUAAAUGCAAACAACUGACCAAGAUCCACAUUGAUAUUUUCAGAAUGUCGUGAAUUUUUGUGCCCUGGUAAAUUAAAGAAUGUGCCCCGCCCCACAAAUAAGCAACAGCAGGGGUAAGAAGGUACCAUUUUAGCUACCCAUUGGUGUCUUCUGAAAAACAGUAAUGUAGAACAUAUUUUCCAGAUGUGUUUAUGGGCAUCCGUCUGUCUCUGGAGACGAUGUAGGAGUGCACUUUUGGGGGUGAACUGUUGGAAGGUUACAGCACCUGUGAUGAGACAUGUUUUGUUGCAGCCGGGGCAGAUGAAGAGGUCUGGUUGUGCUCCGCAGAUGCACUGUUGGAUUUCUUCUCCCAGCUGUCAUUCCUCCUCGGGUCACUGCUAUGGAUGCAGCAUUCGGAUAUUAUACCUUAAUGGUAUGUGCAGCUUACAAACAAUCUAAUAUGGUAUGUGCAUCUUACAGUCAUUUAAUGCUGCAAUUCUACACACUUACCUCGAAUUAAGUCCCAUGGAAUGCAGCAGGGCUUACUUCUGACAUUAUGUAGGACUGCACUAUCUCCAUGGAUCUUUUUUCAAAAUCGUGCUCAUUCUGAGGUUAGGUAAGCCUGCUAAUUGUGUGGUGCUUCGCCAUUUUGCCAGCAACUCUUAUCUGUUAACCGUGCUCCGGGAUUUUAAAUUGCCUACAGUGGAUGCGAGGGGUAAGUUACUGAAACAGAACAGGGCAACGCAGCUUAGGCCUCACACGAUCUCUUCCGUUUGUGAACAGAAAAGGGCAAGUUGCAUCUUUGCCCUGGAUGGUGUCCUGAUCUUUGCAGCGGCAACUGUUGUUUCUUCUUGAAUGUCUCCCUUCCUUAAUUUAUAAAGCUAUCUUAAGAUAGGUGGGGAACCUAUGACCCUCCAGAUGUUAGGACUACAGGCUGCCUUAUCCCAGGCUACUGGCCAUCUGUCAUGGAUGCUUGAGCUGAGAUUCCUGCAUUGCAGAGCGUUGGGCUAGAUGACCCUUGGGAGGGGGUCCCGUUCAACUACAAUUCUAUGAUGGGAGCCCACCCCCACAUGAAAGGCCACAGGUUCCCCACUAUUGCUUCAGUCGUUCCUACGGAGUCUUAAAUUGAGUUUGCAGGUCUACCACAAUGCUCUGUGUCUAGGCUGCAAUUUUCUUUACAAACCUCUUUGGAAGUCGAAUGUGGCAUGCAAACAUUCUUGAAAGUUUGUGAAGGGUUCAAAAACAAGACAGGAAUAUUCAGUGAGCACAGCAUGGGCAGACAUGUAGAUGGAACUCAGAAAGACUUUUCUGAGCAACAUCAGCUGAAUUCACGCCUAUUUAAACUUCAGUGGUGCAAAUGUGUUUGUUUUUUUCAUUUCUACUUGCAUUUCAUUUUCUUGUCUGCAUUGUUGAUUAGCAAACUGCAAAUUUGAGAAGAGGUUAGCCACACUGCUUUUGACGACAACCGCUUGGCCUUAAACGCCUUUAGCGUUUAAAGAUGUCGAUCCCGUUUCAUGUUUAAAAACCACUUACAAGUUUAAAAGUACCAGGGAUAGAUUGGUUCAAAAUGCAUUUGGACAUUUUUAACAUAGCCCUAACUUUAUAAUCCCAAGUGUAAAAAGUACAUGCUGCUGCUGCGUCUUAACACAUAGUGAGGUACUUCUGUAGACCCUUUGGCCCGGAUAAGAAAAGUAUCCUAUAUUUAUUUUUUAAUGGUUACCUACUUGAAACGGUAUUGCUUAAUCUCGAAAGCUGAAAAGCUUUGUAGGGCCAAAUCACACCUUAACUGGAGAAUUGGCAACUGUGCUUGUUUCUCUUUGCUAAAUAGUUGAGUGCAGGAAAACCAACAUUAAGCUCACAUCUGCCCCAAGGCAGCAUUUGGGGGGGGGGGCGGAGGUUAGAGAAGGGAGGAGACGGAGAGGUCCUUGUUCCCACACUGGCAACCUAGCAAUUUUGUACUUUUUCUUCUGCUGAUUACAUGCUUCAUGUGUAGUUUGGCUUUUAGAUGUGCUGGAACCGAUUUAGGCUUGAGGGUACCAUUAUGCCCACUCCCCCCCCCAAAAAAACCCAAUAAUCAUAAAGUGAAUAUUUAAAACACUGCGAUCAGUGGCAAUCUUGUUCAAUGUGUGUAAUGUACACAUCUGUAUGCUGCUUUACUCCGCCCCCCCUUCCCACCACUAAAGCAAAUUCAAAAUUCAGCUACACAUUACAAACCUGUAUAUUUAGGACCUAUGGGGGGGUGUAGAAUUUAUGAGCCCGACACGGGUGUAGAAUUUAUGAGCCCGACACUAUCAAUUGUGAACGCCCUUCUAGUAGAUCACGUCCUUGCCCAGCUGUGGGCUGCUCUACAUGAUGGCUUUAAAUAUAUGCAAACUGCAAUACUGAACCAGCAAGAAGCUGGUACCAGUUGCUGUGAUGAUAUGGUUCACCGCCUUGGGCUUGGCAGGGCAUCUUUGUACGCAUGCCCUCAGCAACCAAUAUUUGGGGUUUUCUUUCUACCAAAGAGAUAACAGGACAGUCUGUGGUAGUUUUCUCAAAACGCCUAUCUACGUCUAGCAGGUUCUGCUGCCUAUUUACAUCUUUAUUACAGGGGCCAAUACAAAAAUGUUGGGAAACAUUGAACUCUCUGGACCAGAAUGUGCUUCGCUUUUUAGACGGCCGGGGGCGGGCGGAUAAAGAUCUGUGCUGCGGCAUCUUAGAUUUCUCACAAAGUAUGUGUUUGAAAAUGGGAUUGGGUCAUUUGUCUGCUUUUUCCUGCUUCACCUACUGUGCGAUUGUAAAUUGUGGGAAAUUGAGCUUUGUUUUGCAGGCAUUGGUAAGCAUUCGAUAGUGGUAAGGAGUCCUGAUUAUGCACCUGUUAAACACCAACAUUGCAGCAAUUAUGUUGUCUGUGCAGAUUUGUGCUAAGUGCUUAAAUACAUUCAUAUGUUUACUGCUUUACAUAAAAAAUUGCACAUUUUAUCUUUAGAGUGGGACUGCCUCCCCAUCUCCUUUCCCUUUAAGAAAGCAAAUCUCAUUGAAAGUGGUAAUUUACAGUCGAGAAGAGCUUUGUUCUAUAUAAAUAUUCUAUAAAUAUGUAUAAAUAUACUUUUUUUAAGCAUGGGAGAAAAAAAUAAAAAAAAUGCAUUCAAUGACAAAGUACUCGGAAAUCAUUACAAUGGAAUAUGCACAAGUCAAUAAAGAUAUAGUUAAAUUUGUCCGCUGUUCUCAUGUGACAUUUUCUGUUUAAGUUUUAUUUAAAAGUAAACUAACUGC